AUGACCAACGUGUUUAACAGAAGCCUCCGUCACUGUCUCAGGUUAGUUAUCGGGCAUCAUCGCUCAAACAUGAAGCUGUUUCAAACAUGCAUCUCUUUGAUUACAUAACGCAGACACAUCUUCUUGGCGCUCUCCAGCCGCGGUGACCUCCUGCCCUCCUGGACACAUUAGCAGUCUUCCAGAGCGUUGGGAGCUGAAUAAACAGGCUGGAAGACAACGGCGGGGUUAUUAGGUUCCUGUUUGGAGCUGCAAACCCUCGGCUAAAUAUGACCAGCUGAGCCUGUUGAUCUCCCAGAGCUGCAGGAUGAACAUCAGAGCGCCAGUAAUAAAAAAUAUCAUCAUGGUGUUUAACAAAACUGAAAGACUGAGUUUGGAGACGGUGAGGUUAUUGUCAGGAUAUUUAGUAUAUGUGAUUUUAUAGAAUAUAAUGAAGUUUUCUUCUUCCUUCAGUCUCCUGGUUCGGGGAUUGUUGAGGUCCGCACCAUUAAUCGGAUUAUUUGAUUAUGACGAUGUUAAAAAAAUUAAAAUCCUCAAAUCGAUUUUCCUCUCUAUCAUGUCUCGUACCUCCAGGCCACCGUAGGCUCCUCCUACCACACACACCAGUGUAAACAAACAUGGCGUUCACAAAAGAAGGCGAUAAUUUCGUGGUUAAAUCGGACAAGAGCGAGUCAGUCGUGUUGAAUUGGUACGACUUCACAGUUUGAAAUGAAGAGUAAACCACUCCCCGCUGCGACGUCUGUCUGAAGGCGGUAUCAUCCCGUCACCACGGAAACGAAAUCAGGAGGAAACGCUUAAGUUUUUUGUCGAAUCAGAAACGGUGUUUCAGGUGACUGUAAACGGGUCAGAGAGUGAAUAAAUCUGUAAACGACGACCAUUUCAUCUCCGUGUGGAUGUCUAUCUGCAUCUCUUGAAACGAUCAUGUGACACACAGAGGAACUCUUUUAACAACCUAUCUACACAUGCUCUGAACUCUUCUUCUGUCUUUGGUGCAUUUCCUGUGCGGCAUUACAGCGCCACUUACUGGCUUGGCAUAUGAACUACAUGGUUUUCAGUGGUUUGGUUUUGAGAGACGAUAGAAAAAGACCGGGGCGUCACUCAGACUCAUUUUAAAGCCUCAGGUGUUGAAGUUCAGCGGUGCAUGUGCCAUGUUGGAUCUGGUUUAAUUGUAUAUUUACAGUCUAUAGUUACACGCUCUAGUGUUCCUCUCUCUCGGCAUAAAAAAAUCCUAAAUCUGAUCUAAAACAGUUUUUCUUCUUCCUACAUCGACUGUCAUCUCUGUUUUUUCUAUUGUUACAGAGUGAAAGUGUCACUCCAGCCUGUUAAAUUAAUGAUGCUUUAAGAAAGUCUUACACUCUGUGACUUUCUGCCAAUUGAUCCAGGCCUGCUCCUACAGGGGGCGCCAAACUGCAGUUUAGAUGCUGAGUGACCCUUUUUUAAGCAAACAAAACUCUUUAUUUUGAUGUAAAAUGACUCCGUUAAAGUCGUUUAGUCGUGACUCAAACAGGAGGAAGGUCUGAGUUUGGCGCCGCAGACAUGGACUCUGUUUCCUGUGCUUUUUUUUCUCUCUGGACGGGCUGUUUGUUGACAUUUUUCCCGUGGCAUUUCCCUGACCCCGGGGCCGAGAGGCUGAGCGCUGGAGGACCAGCUGUACGAGCGGGACGGCGUGAGAGGAAGACAGCGGGACGUCCAUCAGACUGCAGCGUUUCUCCUCUGAAAACCGCGGUUUAAUCCUCUUAUGUAAAGCAGAAAACACGGUGUAAUCUCUCUGUGUUGCUCCCCCUCUGUGCUUCACUGUCCAAACCACUCCUGCUGCUCUUACCUGUUGAUUUAGCUCUCUUCAUUAACCAUCAUUCCUGUAUUCACUCAGACUUUACAGGACAGACAGAUUUUGACCCGUUAUCCACUUCAGAUGGCGGUUUGUUCAGAUUUACACUGUGGUCCUCCUGAUGUCAGAGUCUCAUACAGCCGUGGCAUCAGACUGUUUGAGAGAAGUGUGUAACGAGGGUCUCAGUCAUAUUAUUUUAAGAUUUUUACUCAUCAUUAAAGAAAACAUUUAAAGUUCUGACCCAAAUAGAGGCAGGACCGGUUCACCAAGCGUAGGUGAGUGGUUGUAGUUUUACAGUAUGUAACAAAGCGAGAAUAUAAUCAGGCCAGCUUACCAACAGUGAAGCUUUAUCAUGUUUUAUUUAUUGGAUGGGAAACUGAGGGCACAGUAGAGAGAGAGAGAGAAGGAGAGAGAGAGAGAGAGAGAGAGAGAGAGAGAGAGAGAGAGAGAGAGAGAGAGAGAGAGAGAGAGAGAGAGAGAGAGAGAGAGAGAGAGAGAGAGAGAGAGAGAGAGAGAGAGAGAGAGAGAGAGAGAGAGAGAGAGAGAGAGAGAGAGAGAGAGAGAGAGCACUCCUGUAAAAUCUUUGAGAAACCAGGUAGAUUAAGAGGGCAAAUGUUUAAAAAAGUUUUACUAUUUCACAAGCAGCGUUUAAAAAUUCUCUUUUUUAGCAGUUUUCUUUCUUUACCUUUUUAUUAAAUCAGUAUUAGCAGGUUAAUAAAUGCUACUGAACUUCAACAAUGCAGCAGCCCAGUUUGAUAUUUUUGUUACAUUAAAGCUCCUGUGAGGAACUUUUCCCCUGUGAGCAACUUUGGCGCCCUCCUGUGGACAAAGCACUCCUGUCUUAUUUUGUCAUUACAAGCUUAGAUAGUGUCUUCUGAUUUAAAAAUCCCACCCUGCUGUUGUUUAUGAAGCCUUACAUACAUUUUUUGUGACUGUUUUAUAUGGAAAUGGUAAAAACAGGGUUUUUUUUCUGUAGCUGCUCCCUAGAGUUUGGCGGUAUGAUGGUAUAUACCGUGUGGGGAAAAAACGUACGUCAUAUAUACAGUUACUGUGAUAUGAAAUUACUCAUACGGUGAUAUAAGAUUGUGUUCGUACCGCCCAACACUCCUGCUCCCUGACACCUAACCCUUCACACUGGUUAAAGGUACCAAAAAUUACAAUAUGAGAUCUGCCAGUCUGAAGGUCUUUACACAGCGGGAACAACGCAAAUAUAUGACAUUAUGAAAUUACAAAAUAUUCAGAGGCGAAUUUUGACGUGCCUGACUAUACACAUCAAGCGCGUCUGAUUGGUCAGAAGUGGACACACAGUCUGUGAAACUUUAGAAAAAUCGACCGUGAUCCGAAAAAAUAAAUGUCACAAUAUCGCAGGACGGGAAAACGUCACUGAUGUGAACGCUUGUAUUGACAGGAUAAAAAAUAUUGACGUCCGAAAUAAUGGCACGAAAAAAAAAAAACGCUCCCGGUGUGAAAGGACCUUAAUGCUUAUCAUUUUUAUAUGUCAUAGAUGAGUGCCAAUAUAAAAAUUGGCCUAUUUUAUAAAUGUAAAAAAGUUCCCUACUGUAGCUUUAAGUAAACAUAAACUGACUUCAGAAAGAUCAUGUUUUCAAAGUUAAAACUAUUUUACCUCCUUCAUUUUCGUUUAUUUCACCUCAUUGUUUAUCUUUCUUAUCGAUGUGAUCUCAUUCAUUUUUAAUCUACGACACAUAAUCAUUAUAUCAUAAUUACUGAUGAUCAGAUUUUAAAGAGAGUUUAAAUUCGUCAGUUAUGAACUCUCCAACUUUCUCCACUCCUUUCAUGUCCGAACCCCCCUCUCUGUCUCUCUCUCUCUCUCUCUCUCCGGUCCGAACCGAACCGAACCCCUCUCUCUUCUCCUUUAAAAAUCUCAGCCAAACCGUUUACUUCACACUGACGCAACAUGACGUAGGUUCACGCACGUUCUAGAGCGAGUGAAAAAAAAAGUGUUUAAAAGAACGAACGAACGCCCUCGCGCUCUGCCUUCAUUUAAGAACGCACAGCGAGCGCUCGUGGGAAAGUCAAUAUCUGAACAUGUGUUACUAACGUGCCUCACGCGCCACACUGACUGGAUCUGUCACCGUACGUCACUCUUACACUCAACUGUAAACACAGUGUUCCUCCGCCGUGAGCGGGCGAAGUAGUGCGCCUGAAAAUCACGCGUUAUCACUCGUUUGAAAGGAGACUUACGGAAAAAAAUUAAAGAUGAAGAAAACUGACAUAAUAUUUUAUUUUAUACUUUAAAAAAUCACAAACGAAAACACAGACAGUGUUAAAGACUGUAUUAUCCACCCUCCUACAACUUAAAUGUCUUUGUUAGGUCUGAGUUUGAGGUUUUUCACUUUUAUUGUUAUUGUAAAUGUUUUCACCGAGAGUUUGUCGCAGAUUAAGAGUAAAAUUGAUCACAGAUGUUUCCACACACUUCUGUAAAUUAAGCAAGAACUGAGCCUGGUGAAUAGGGGAGAGUGGGGUAAGUUGAUCCACCCCCUGUUACUUAGAAAUGGUUAAAGAAAUUGAUCAUGUGACCAAAUAUUUAGGAGAUGGUCAUCAAUAGGAGUCAGUGAAGGUUCGAAGCACAUGGGUGAAGGGGUUAGAUAUUUAUUUACAAAAAACAACAUUUUUCUUCACUCUGUAAAGUGAAUUUAGUCUUUAGUCGUCAGUUGGAUUAGAAUUGUGUUCAGACCAAAAAAAGAUAAUUUUAAAUUAGUUUUAUUCAUCAACUGUGGUCUCUAUGAGCUCCAACAUGAUGUCAAAAACCUAAAAGUCCACCAUUUUAUUUCAGAGGACUAAUAAAGUCAUCAUAGUAGUUCAGGGGGAGCAGAGAAAGUAAAGGAGUCUGAUGAGAGGAUCAGAGUUUACCUUCAGAUUGUUGAAACUUUUUCUUUUCUAAAAUACAGAUCUGUGAAUGUUCUCAAUCACUUAAAGACAUUCUCAUCUUCAAAUGUUUUUAAUAUGUAAUAAUAAUAAAAAGAAUGAUUUUACCAGUCGAAUAGAGUAAAAUAGAUAAAAAUACUCAUGAAUGUGAAGAAGUGACUGUUAUUUAGGGAGAGAGAAGGUGAGGGAGGACUGGGGGGGCAGUGGAGGCUCUUGAUGCUGUCCUGCCGCCUGCCUGCCCCACAGACAAGCCCUUGUGUCUCCCCCUGCAGGAUGUCUACAAAAUUGGAGUAUGAGAAAGGUCCUUUCACACGGGACCGUUUUUGUCGUGCGAUUAUUUCGGACGUCAUUUUUUUUUCGAACCCGUACCCUGUCAGUACAAGCGUUCACAUCAGCGACGUUUUCCCGUCCUGCGAUAUUGCGACAUUUAUUUUUUUGGAUCACGGUCGAUUUUUCUAAAGUUUCUCAUACUGUGUGUCCAUUUCUGACCAAUCAGAUUUCGUGUUGUUGAGACGUCAGAUUCACUGGUAUAUCCAACAUGGCUGACCGGCUGAUUGUUUACGUGUCGGAGAACAGAGUGAUUUUUGAUAAAAACACAAACAUUACAAAGAUAACAGCCUGAAGGACGACUUGUGGAGAGUCAUAGUGUCGGAUUUCUCAUCUGACGAUGGUUUGUGAGCUUUAACAGUUUGAUAAACGUCUUUGUUUGAACUUUCAUCUGUGCUAACGUAAGCUAACGGUUGUUACUAUAGUUUCAUGUGCUUAUCUUAUCGCCUCUGAUUGGCUUUAAGUGCUGACAUUUUCCAGCUUUUCCAGCCAAUCAGAGGCGAAGGAGGCGGGACUAUCCCCGGGAAAAGUCUUACCCGGGAUGCGUCUUUUUCCACCCCGGAAAGUCCCAAAAUCCUAUCCCCCACAGCCACAGGACACCGACACAGGGCCAGUGGAGGGAUGUGUCAGACAUUAACCUCCACCAGGAACCCUGUGACCGGCCCCUGCAACCACCAGCGACCACUGCUCCCGGUGCCAAGGGUUCCUUCAGAGGAAACACUGGGGGUCCUAAAAAUGAUAAAAGGAUCAAAACAAGUGAAAACUAAAACACAGACCUAAAAUAAACCAAGGCUAACUAGAAUAAAUGAAGACAAAACAAAUACAUAUCAAUUAAAAGCUAAAAAGGAGGGUCUUAAAUUACCCUGCUCCUAUGGUCAACUUACCCCAUACACUCUUUUGUCCUGCUUUAUUCUGAAGAUGACAGUUCUGUUUACACUCAUUCUGUUGGUUUUCAUGGAUGAACAACAUCCUGAAAUACUAAUAUUUAGUUAGAGACUAAACUGGGACUGACUUGAUGGACUGAUCUGAAAUAUGAAAACUGGUUCAUCUUCUCCCACUCUCCCCUAUUCCAAAACAGUCAACUGCUCUCAAACAUGACCAGGCGGAGGGAUAUCAACUCUUAACACAUGAUGUCGCCAUCAGCCCUUCCUACUUCACGGCUCACCUUCCACCAACUCGGCGCGGAAGCUCUGAUUGGUCGAGUCGGCGCGGACGGCUCACGCUGAUUGGCCGCUCGCCUGUCACUCAUAAAGCAAUGCCACAGGAUAGAUUAGGCUCCAUUUGCUCUAACUAAAUAGUUACCUCGAACAUCAAGGAGGGAGAAUUUUUUAAUUGGUAGCCCACCGAGCUCGGUGCAGACUUUCAGAGCGGCUCCGGAGGAACCGUGUUCGGGCUCUGACCGGGUCUAAGUGAGCCUCUCGAACCUCUUCCUCUAACAGAUGUGGAUACUCCGCUCGGGUAAGUCACUCUUCGCUGCUUUUUGACACAUUUCUCCCUCUCUGUCUCCCUCUCUCUCUGUGUCUCCGCGUGUUUUGGGGACUUGUGACACUUGUGUGUGUCUGUGUGUGUGUGGAGUCUGUUGUUGUUUGGAUUUUUGCAGCUUUUGCUCGGAGUUGUCUCCUGAUAACCGGCUCGGUGUUGUGGUUCUGUGGGAACUCUGAGGAGGCUGAGCACCGUGGAGGUGGAAAAACCUCAUCCUCCCUCAGUGUGGACAGUCAAGGACACUCGGUGCUUCUCUUAGUUUGGAGUGAACAUCUGCAGUCACAGCUUCCCUCUCUUUCUUUGUGCGUGUCUCUCCCGCACACCCUCCUGUAAAUAACACCCGCACCGGCGUGUCUGUGGUGCGUCGUGCGCAACAGUAAUAACACUCCAUUAGGAGCUGUCAGCAGCGAUUUACGACGAGUGUCAGGCUGCUUUUUGACGCGAUUUCUCUUCAUUUCUGCAAAUGGAUUUCAUCUGUGAGAAGAGCACGCCUGCUUUAUUGGCAACUUUUAUCGCUCCAUCAAUUUGGUUUAUUAAAUGACAGGUUUGAGAGAGAGAGAGAGAGAGAGAGAGGUGGGCAGAUAAAGAGAGAGGAGGAGGAGGAGGAGGAGAGCGAUGUUUCCGCUUCAGAGGGUCUGUACUGACUGCUGAGAUGCUGUUCCUUUUAUUAAAAAACCAUCUCGGCUGUUUUCUCCUCAUCUCCUUUAAGCGCUUGUGUCUGUAGAAUCAUCUGAUGUCUCUUUCAUGAGCCCAUUUCCGACUAUUGUGCUCUCAUUGCUGUGCGUAAUUGCUUCUCUCCCGGGAGAGAGAGUGCCAUCAAACUUCUAAUUUCCUCCUCAAACCCGGAAACCAUUUUAGUGGUGGAAGCAGCGGCUCUGUAAUGAUGGCAUCAAUAAAGCCGAAUCAGACUCAUGUCAAGUUGUGGGUGAGAUUAUUCUGGAGUGAUGAAUGUCCUCUUCUCUCAGCUUUUGCGGGAUUUCAGAGGCAGCUGGCUGGGAUUAGAGGGCAGGAAGACAAUGAGAAUCAGUCUCUGGAGAGGAGUCUCCAGUGUCAGGUGGCAGGUUAUCUAUUACAUCAUUAUCUAGUGCAGCAGAGGGAUCCUCUGCAACAUGGACUGAUGAGUUUUUCAGCAGCGCAGCCUGCAGGUAAAGUCCAGGUUGCCAAAAAGGUGUCACAGCGUCUCCAGGGAGAGAAUCCAGAGAGGCUGCUGCUGCUGAAAGAGCAGGUUUCACUCGGAGUCUCUGGCAGCUACAGACGAGUGUUUGUCCCAGUGAAACAGGUAGUAAAGAGGCGGAGGAGUAAACAGGGCCAGUAAACAGGGUGGUGUCAUUCUUGGCAGGGUUCGAGCUCAUAAAACAAACCCUUAAAGUCAAAUGUGUGCCGCAGAUUUGCUCUCAAAUUAAAAAAGAGACAAACACCCAAAACUGUAAAUAUUCACAGAGGAAUGAACAAACUCCGAGUCAAGAGUGAAAGAAGAACAAACUGGAGGUCUGAAGUGAAAUCUGAGCCAGAGAGAAACUUGCCAACAUCAAGUCUUUCACUUCCUCCGUCCCUCUGCUCGUCUUCAGACUGAAACAUGAACAUGGAGAAACACGGAGAUCUUCAUCAGAGAGACCAGCUUCAUCACAACCAGGCGUUCACACACACACACACACACACACACACACACACACACACACACACACACACACACACACACACACACACACACACUCAGGCCAACUCUCAUCAUCUCCAUCAGCCCAGUUCUUCCAGAUUCCAGAUGAUCGUUCAGUGAAGGUGAUUUCAGGUGAAAGAAAGUUCAUGAAACAGCUGACCUCGCUCUGAUUUCUCUCUCUCUCUCUCUCUCUCUCUGUUUGGUGUUUCCCAAACUCUCUCUGCCGUGACCUUCUGUUAAACUUCCACAGUGUUGAAGAUCAGAGUUUUCAGCCCAGAUUGAGUUUAUAAAGUCAUGUAUAGUCUCUCUCUCUCUCUCUCUCUCUCUCUCCUCUCACUCUCAGCAGAUGUCUGUCUAACAUCAGUCUGGUUCUGCUCGAGGUUUCUGCCUGUUAAAGGAAGUUCCUCCUCUCCGCUGUAACUCUCUAAAUGAUGUAAAGUGUUGGAUAAAAAUCAGAUCAAAGUGGGUCUGAUCCCAUCUGUGCAUCAGGUCUUUGUAAAUAUGAAGACGGUGGUCCGCUCAUGUUGUAGAGAGUGUUAACUGAUGCUUUUUGAAUAAAGGUUGAUUGAAUAAAACUAAACUGCGUUAUUUUAGACAUCCUGGCUGCAGUCUGGAGAAUCUGCAUCUGAAUCUGUUUUAGAUUUGAUGUUCUGUCAUUUGGAGAAAAUCUGUUUGAACUCAGAGAAGAUGACGGUUACAUCGGUCUGUGAGGGUCCAUCCUGUCAGGAGGCUGUUGAUUGGCUGACACCUUAAUUGGUCCAUUUGUAUGGAUCUAUGUAUUCAUCUGAGUGAUACAGUUUCAUUCCUGCUGCACUAAUCAGAGACCGCCAUCCUUGUUCUGGUCAGUCGACCAAUCAGAAGCUGAGUCUGCUUAUUCCCGAUCAGAAAAUCCACAGGAAUUGAUGGAGGAAAACUGGAUCAAUGAACUGGUGUUGUCAUCAAUAUAAUCUGAUCAGCUGUCAUUCCUAAUCUGGAGCGAAUCGAUCGGAUUGACACCGGUCUGAUCAGUUUGACAGCGUAAGAGUAAAAAUCAGCGCAGACGAGAUCUGAAGUUUGAUCACUGAUCAAUUAUGAUCUGAGAGAUUUCACAGCAGUCAGGCUCCGUGAUUAAGUCUGUAAUAAAUAUGAAAACAUUAAACUAACGCGGUGUAAACUCUGACACCUGGUGCGUACAGUCGUCAUGGCGUUUCUGAGCGCCGAGCCUCCGUUUGUGCUCUCCAGUUUAAGGUCGGAUCGGCGCGUCUCUUCUUCUUCUUCUUCUGUUCCUUUCAUACAGCAGAGUCUUCUCAUCUUUGACUCAUGUACUCACACAGCAACACAAUCCACAAAUUGGACCAAAUAUUGUAGCAGGACUUGUCGGGUGAAAAGGGCUUUAAGCUGCUGAUAACUCAUGGGCUCAGCUCCAGUAAUGGGCUUUUGUGUCCCUGAGAACCGUGACUGCAGGCGAAGCUGCUCACCGCUCUCAUCGGCCGAGUAAAGCUCCGCGCCGGGACCCAAACCUAAGGAGACAGUUUUUCCCAGGAAAAUAAUCCCAGAAUUAAUUCCCACAAACAUCCAGAGUCAGAGUUGGUGUGGAAACUGUGGCUUUUGGUUUCCUCGGCCAUGUGCUGCAUCAUGUGCUCAGCUGGAAUCAGUCAAAACACAGCAGAGAGGGGAAAAAAACGCCUCCUCCUCCUCCUCCUCCUCCUCCUCCUCCUCUCCCUCCGUACUUCUGUUCAUUUAGAGGAAGAACAAUCAUCCUCUCCUGCUGAACUGCGAGCACAGGCGGCGAGCUCUCAGACGCUACAGAGCGAGUCAGAGUCUGUCUGUCAGAGGCGUGAUGGAGGGACUGAGUAAGUGCGCAGCUGUGUCCAAGUUCACUCUCAGGUCUGCUGUGUUCGGACAUCUAUCAUCCCCACAGAGGUCAGACAGCAGUUUCCUCUUAACACGCUGAGUUUCUCAUUUUCCUGCUGAAGUCCCUCGGAAAUAAAACGCUCAUUAACUGAUCAGACCUUCAAACUUUCUGUGAGGCCGAGGUCCAGGUCUCCACGGAGAUGAUUGGGAAUAAUGUGUCGAUAAUGAAGUUUGAUACCAGGUGGUUGUUUGAUGAAGCGAAACUUGACAAAAAUAUGGGAAAAAAAACACAAAAUAAAAGUUUACAAAGUUAAGCAACAGUGAAGAAAGUUUUUCAUUAUUAACCUUUAUUUAAAAAACAAAGAUCACUGAGGUGUCCAGCGUUCAAAGAUAGAGCGAGACGAUUAAUCGGAGGGUUAUGACUCUCCACAUCAUAAAAACAGAGGAGCAGGAGGAGGAGAAGGAGCAGGAGGAGGAGGAGAAGGAGCAGGAGGAGGCUGCAGGCGUGUAUUUCUGCGUGUGCCUGAAAAGCAAAGGGACCAAAUUCUCACAAAGAGAGAGGCUGUUAGAUCAUGAGCGUGUGAGCUCUAGGACUGUGGAUGAAUAUUCUAAAUUCAAAUAUUUGAAUAUAAAAAAACAAAAAUUAAUAUUAGAAUAUUAGAUAAACAGCAGGAAAAAACUAAAUGGGAAAAAACAGAAAAAACAGCGUCUGCUUUGUGAGUGAGCGCACUGUAACGACAGAUCACAGGAGCUGCACCUGCAGUGAGACUCGCCAAAACCGUCCGUCUCACAUGCAGAGAGAGAUGGCGGGAUGUUCGGCGCCAAAUUUGAAGAGAGUGGUCUGGACCCCAAAUGAACCCCAGAAGCUCUGUUUGGAAAUUCUUUGGAUUUUGGGCGGACACAGUAGAUGGAAAAAAUGCUAAGCGAGAUAAAGUGAUUAUACACGCUGUGUGAGCGAGAUAUUCAAAUAUGUUCAAACUCGAGCUGCAGCUAUCGAAUAUUUAAGUAAUCGAGUAUUUCACCAAAUAUUCUACUGAUUACUCGAGUACUUGGACCCAAACGUCAGACUCACAUAAAGUUAGAUUUCCUAUAACCCCGCAACGAAGGUCAGACUCUGAGGACUAGAGGACAGUCACAGAACAAAUGUGUGCGUUAGCGGAUUGCAAUUCUCGUAAGAAAGCUAAUUAUGACAUUAACUUUCAUCGUGUCCCUAAAGACGUCAGUGUCUCAGAGCUGAAUAACUCCGACGUUACCUGCUUCACCAGCGAUGUUAGGCUACAAGCUAACGUGAAGAGGAGUGUGCAGAGUCGCUCGGUUAGCAGCACUGCAGGAGGAAUCGUUUCAGCCGUGACUCCAACCUUUGUGUUAUUUUUAGGAUGAAUAUUUUGACAGAUCAUAGAUCCACUGAUUGAUUGUUGGGAAUAAUAAAACUGGAGGCUGAUUUUGAAAGUGUUAGACAGCUGAAAGAUUAUUGAUCAGGUCUUAAUAAGUCCACUGUAGUUAUUAGUCAAGUUUAUUCAGUAAUUUAUCGCUGCACCUGUUUUUUCUCCUCCUCUUGUUUCUCUGUUUAUCAUCCCAGAUGUCAGGGCUGCUAGACAAAGUUAGAUAUAAGUGAAAGAGGUGAUUUAGAACUUAAAACACUUUAUUUAUCUGACAUUAAUUCAUUUAAAUCCCUACAGAAGAAAUAUUAGUGUUUUAAUACUGUGCGUCCCCACUGCCUUCAGACUGUUUAACUCAAUAUUACCGACCCUUAAACGGUUAACUUUAAAUUAAAUUAAAUUAAAUUAAAUUCAUGAAUUCUGAAGAUAAAACAAAUUACUCUUAUUAGCAAAAUGUACAAAAUAAUCUGAACAAAACAGAAGAGAGUCGUCUUCAUAAAGAUACUGAGGUCAGAAAUCCUGGAGGUUAUGUUCUUCAUGUAGACUGUAAAUGAAAGAGGACCCAGAUGUGAUCCCUGUGGAACACCUUUAACCAUAAAAGACAACGUUAAAUUCCAUCAUAAAGAUAAAACCUUAUAAUAAACCAUAAAGAUGUGACAGUUUAUUAAUUCUGUGUCUCUUUACAGUAGAGAGAGCACGAUAAACACAACAAACCUCCUCCGUAAAUAUAACGCCGUCACAGUCGAGUUAUCGCCGGAUCUUUGGAGAGCAGUAAAAAGUCCGAGCCGAGCGUCUGAGUUACAGCGAAGAGCUCCGGAGCAGCGGCGUAAACCCCCCCUGACAGAUUCACUGAGCCCUCCAUCAGCUCACAUCCUCAGACCCUGACAGGGCGAGCCAGGACUUUGGCGUGCGCUGUAAUUUUAACCGGAGUCUGAUUUUCACUAAUCAAUACGUUUGUUGGCCGGGCCGAGAAUUGAUGGAUUUAAAUCACAGCUGAAGCUGCGGCUGUGUUACUCAGCGAGAGCAGAAUAUGACAUCGAUAAAGCGUGGAUGUUAACAGCUUGUUUUAUACUCCGGCGGGGCCCAAAAUAAGGAGGUAACCUGGCGAGUUUUAGAGCGCGACAGGGGUGAGCGGCGGAGCGACUGCAGCAUCCUGUUGUGGAGGCCGAGUGUCCUGCCACCUCAUUGAUUUGGCUGUUUACCUUUUUUAGCCCUGGAGGACAUGUGUUUUCAGCGUGCUCGCCUGCAGCUGACCCGUGCACCGGGCGGAAAUAUCUCCUUGUAAGCCGGGUCAGCAGAGCAUGCCCCCGUCACUGCCGUCGGGCUGAAAAGCCUCGCACCACGAGUCGUGCUCCUUUUUUAAACAGAGCGUUUCAGCAGAAAGGAGCAAUUACUACCUGCUCUGCUUGUGUUGCUUUCAUGGCCUCUUUUGUGUGCUGAUUCCAGGGCAGAUUUUGUCCGCUGCUGUUCCCACGCUGAGCGAGGAGAACAGGAAGAACUCAGCGACGCAGCAGGCCUCUGCCUUCUGCUAUUAUGGCUAUGAUUCAAUCAUGGCAGGGCAGCGCUUUACCCCAGCACUCUGAGAGAGGCAAAGAAAUGUCCUCACUGCCUCUCCGCUAAUGGAACUUAAAGCCAAAGGUGUUUUUGUACAAAGAGGAGACCAUCAGCCACUUAAUGUGGGAAGUAGCGGCAGCACGCCUCACCUCGCAAUCCACUCUCCCCCUACUGCGAUUUCAAAAUGGCCUCCCUCCUGUGCUUGCAGCCAGAAAAGCACCACGCAGGGUGGAGGAACCAGACCGGGCGAGAUUCGUCUCUCCUGGUGCUGCUCAUCACACCCACUGUUUGUUUUCUUUGGCCAGAACACGAGUGAAAAAGUUCAGCUUGUUACAGCUUUGGAUUCGCUUUCUCUCACAGCAAAUCCACGCCGUCAACAAAUGUCACAUGACUCACAACCCGCUGUUGCAAAGAUUCACUCAAAGUACAACAGGAACCAUCGGCACGAGAAGCUUUAAAGGGACGGAUGUCUUAUUUCUUUAUACGCCGAUGAUGUUUGUGUUUAAAGGUAAAUUAUAUUAAAGUAAAACAGGAACCAGAAGAAGCUUUAAAGGGACGAAUGUUUUAUCUCCAGGGUUCCUACGAAAGUAUGGAAAUAAAUUUGAUCAAUUUUCAGGUUUUAAAAAGUACGGAAAAUGAAAAAUAAAGUAUGGAAAAAUAUGUAUGUUUCCAGACUAUUACCAGAGUAAAAAAACACUGUUUUCUAAAAUAGAAAAGUCAGUGUUUGCAAAAAUAAUUCUGAAAGUCGGAUAUGGAAAAGUCUGGAAAUCCCAACUGUGUAGGAACCCUGUUUUACUUUAUACGCUGAUGAUGUUCAUGUUUAUACGGUUUAUUCAAAUAUCCAUGAAUUCAGUGAUUUUUAAAAAGUAUUUCCUGUUUCUUGUUUUUGCUUUUGUUGAGUCGUAGUUGUUUUAUUUCUCUGACAUGUUCACCGAUAAGGUAACCGUGUUGUUAAUCUGUGAGUUUGUCCCUUCAGAGUUUUAGAUUCUUGUAUUUCUGAGCGUGAACUCGCUCCUCUCCGCUGUAAUUCAGCAGCUUUUAUCUGCGCAGCAGCUGGAAACACUCGAAGAAUAAAACCGAGUCAGAGCCUCCAUCCUGUCCAGUCGAUGGGCGGUGAAGCUCUCUGCCCAUUUCUGAGCCGGGUUUUCAGAGCGGAGAAGCUGCUCUAUUACACGUCGAUAAUCGGCCCGGUCCACGUGGAGGAGCUGCUCGAAACGACAUCCCAGACAUGUCUCUGGGUUUGGCGCUGCUUCCUGCUGCUGUAUCACAUAUCUCUGAGACUCGUUUUGUCUUAUCAUGUUUUUACUCAGUAAAGUCUGACCUUCCUGAAAACACCGAACCAAAAUAUGACGUUUUUUAAAGAGUCUAAAUAAACUUACAAAUAUCCUGAAACGAUAAUCCGAUUAUUAGAGAUUUCUGUGUUUCUACAGCUGAACAAAACAAACGAAUGUCAUGAACAGAGGAUCAAAUAUUCUGCACCACAGGAGCUUCUUGUCCCUCACAGGCCACCGUCAUCUCUCUGACAGGAUGAAGUGAGCGAGGGAGCUAGAAUCUGACAGCUGGUUAUUUCCAUGUGUUCCUGUUUCUACGUACUGUACCUUUAGAUAGAGUUGAGUUUGAAGACCAAGACCCUGAUCUUGGUGAAUGUCAUGAGAAUUAUUGCUAAUUUAGUUCUUUACAUUAACAGCAAAAACUCGUUGAUUUGAGCCUCUGAGGCGAGAGUCUGUACCGGUGAAAGUCUUCUGGUUUACAUGGAAGUCUAAGUUUUUUUUGUGAAAUUUGUUAUUUGUUGAUAAAUAAUAAAGUAAAUUUAUAUCUGUGUUGAUUUGUUACCCUGAUGCCUUCACUCACAGGUAAACAGUUCAUUCAUUCAACAGUAGUAUUGGAUCGGUAUCAGAUGUCGGCCGAUACGCUCAGCCCAGAUAUCGUAUUGGAUAGGAUCAGAAAAAAACGGAUCGGUGCAUCUCUAAUUAUAAAGACAUAAAGACACUCAGGUGUACUUUGUUUGUGUCCUUUAGUUUGAAACUAUUUACCAACGUGUCCCCCCUGUUUUGACCCUCAGAGCUGGACCGAAGGAUCAGGGUCCAGAGGAGCCGAGGCUGCAGGACAACAAACCGCCUUACUUACACUGGACUAAUCCCCGUCCUCCAGAGAGCUCCUAAUUGAGCCGUCAUCAUCAGCUGCUGAUUCGACGGGUUAAACAUCAAUUAAGGUAAUGAGCACAUAGAGAGGAUGGAGAGGGGGGAGGGGAGGUGAUUCAGACCCACCCUGAGGAGGUGCUGAUGAUGGUGGAGGAGCUGAUGGAGGCUCCCCCUUAAAACAGCCGGACUGCUUCUCUGUUGGUUUAGCUGUGUUGGUGUGUUGGUGUGUUUGUGUACUUGUGUGUUUGUGUGUUUGUGUACUUGUGUGUUUGUGUGUUUGUGUACUUGUGUACUUGUGUGUUGGUGUGUUUGUGUGUUUGUGUGUUGGCCAGGCUGCAGUCUGGGUGAGCGUCUCAGCUGCUGUCGGACCGUCAGGAUGCUCAGUCUGGGAUUGAACCAGAUCAGGCGUCACUCUCUGCUGUUGUUCUGAUCAGAUUUGGACUGAUUGAUUAUAGAUUUAUAGAUUCUGCACAGAAAUGGACAUUUUAAAGUUUAUGGAACGGUCGCAAAACAAGGAAAAAGGUCCGGAAACGGCGCCGCUUAAAAGACCAUAUCGCCCCCUAGUGUUGGGGAGGAGGACACGUUCACGUCAAUAAUUAGAUUUUCUCAGCUGCUGUAAAUGCGGACGAGAGAGAUCCGAUUCUGCGAUAAAAACAAAUCAUGAGCUUAGUCCAAUUAAACUGAGACUGUGAACGGUCUGAGUGAAAAGACCCGGAUCUUCUCUGGGGGACAGAGAAACUCCUGGACAUCUCUGAGACACACAAAGUUUGAAGCUGCUGGUCUCACGAGACGAGUGGAUUUUACUGUCGAUCGGUGCGUCCUGCUGCGUCUUCUUUAGAGUUUGGACCUCUCUGUCCUCCGUCCACCAUGAUUCCCUCCUUUGGCUCUCCUCCUUCACGCUGACUUCCUCCUGUUAUUGUGUUACUAAGUGGGAGGAUAAGGUAACCCUCAAACACGAAGGGAAGUGAGCGCCGAGUUGGAACCGGUUGUGAUCUGGAUCGGGUUUUUGAUCCCCAUCCCUCGUCAGGAAGUGAUUUUUCUCUUCCAGAGAUCUGAUGUUUUUAUGUUGCUCUUCUUUUGAAAUAAACACCAGAAGAAGAAGAAGAAGAAGAAGAAGAAGAAGAUGACGUGUAGCGGGUGAAACAGUGUAAGAGAGAGAAAAAAAAAACACCAAUUACAGCCUGAAGACGCUGAACUCCAUCAAAGACAGAAAAAAAACACAAAACCAAAUCCUCCCACACGGUUUGAGUGACAGGUGAGUGCAGAGCGGCAGCAGUCAGUGCAGAGCAACAAAAGACACGGAUGAAAGAAAAAACGUGCAGUUUAGCUCCUGAAAUUUCUUUCUACGUGAGUUUUUGAAGCUGAAAAGAGACGCUGUGCAAACAAAUCAUAAUUACAUGUCAGGAGGACGGAUGUGUUUGAGGCUGAGCGUCCGUCCCCUCCGAGUGUUUCCACGUCGGUUUGUUUAAAUAAAAGUCGCUCAGGGUUGGAGAGGGAAUUGUCUCACCGCCGCUGGUACAUCUCCUCGAUAAAAUCUUCCUAAUUAUUUGAAGUGAUCAUUAGAGAUGCUCCUGUGGGGUUUGAUGCUGCAACACGCUGUAACGUCGUCUCUCGUCUGCUGUGAAUCCAGGCAGAUUUGUUGUAUCAGUAUCUUAACAGGUCAAUGAAAUGUCAAUAUGAAUCCAUUUGGAAGACUUCCGCCAUGCUAAACUCAUCAUUCAAUAUUUAACAAACACAGAUGAUUCAAUCUUGUGCUGCAUAAGUAUUUAAUAAGCAGAGCUCUUUAGAUGACUCAUAGAUUUAAUAGAAUCCACACUCAUCUUUUAUCGCCCUGUUUUACUUAUGAAUGACACUUGUGAGUUACAGCUCAGAGAAACCACGCGUCUGUAACUCUGAGUUUACUCUCUGAGACGUGAUUUAGGAGCUCCAACAAAUCUGAGUUCAUCAAGUCUGAGAGUAAAUCAGGAGUUUUAUAUCGCAAACACGAGACAAGAAAGAAACAUUUAAGACCGUCAGUCACCAACUUAACACUUUAAUUUAUAACUACUCCAAACAAAAACAAGAUCUGAUUUCAUUAAUUCACUCAUGAUCUCUUUUAAAGCUCCUGUGAGGAACUUUAGCUGGAUUUUGGCGCCCCCUCUGGUCAAAGCUGACUAUGUUGUAGAUUAAUAUAAGUCUAUUUAAUAACCACAUCUUCUCAAAGGAACUUUAAAUAAAGAAAAAAAAACAUUAAUAAUCAAUAAUAAAAUAAAUCUGUUAUCUGUGCUCGUUUACAUCCUGGUUGUAGAUCAUUAUAAAAAUAGAUGUCUUCUCCACAGCUUAGACAACAUAAAACUAGAAUCAAUGAAAAAUCUAUCACUUUUCUAAUCAACUAGUCAUCCUGGUGACGACGUUUAAUCGACAUAACGAGCAGAUCUGGAAUAUCUUAAACCCCGUCUUAAUUACGUUUGGACUCAUUUCACAACAACCUCCAUUCACACCUGAAAAUUAAAGCUCCUGUGCUUCAUGAUGGCGCCCCCUGUGGACAAAUCAGUCUCUGCUCAAACUUCACCUCCUGAUAGAAAAGCUUAUCCUGCCGACUUCUGACAUCAUAUUUGUUAUUUAAUGAUAAUAUUUUACGUGAAAACCGAUAAAAACGGAGCGGCUCUUCAGCUGCUAACCCUUCGCUGUGAUUUCAGACUUUUGAGAUUACAAAAUAAAAGUCUUCAGUCUCGUCACUGAUGGUCUUAUUUACUUUUGGAUAUUAUAAAAAAGCACCAAUAUAAAUUUCAGUCUGUUUCAUAGAUGUCAUUCAACUAAAUCAAGAUACUCGGAAAAACGUUGCUGUUCUUUAAAAUGGUAUUUAUCAUCUGUGCUCGUUUACAUCCGGGUCAUACAGCGGUCAAACACACAGCAGCUUUAAACUGUAAUAAAAAUGUGAUUAUUCAUGAAACUAGCGAGUAAUUCGGCUGACGAUGUUCAAUCACACAGUCAAUUCCUUAAAAUCAGGACACUAGAUUCAAGUUUCCUCAAUCUUGUGUUAGAUAUUACAAAACAUACAAUUAUCCAGGGUUACAGACACGUUAGAGCAAAUAUUGAACUAAGUUAAAUAUCAGAAAUAAACGUUUAUUUCUAUUUAUCAGUAAAACUGAACUCUGAGGCGCUGAUGUGCUCAUGUUUGUUUGUCUGAGUCGGAGUAACGGAGUGAGUAUUAGAGGAUGAAGUGACUUAAUUUCUUUGAAUCAGUGAAAUCUGAUGUCAAACACUUGCUGCUUGUGUUGCUAUGAAAACAUUCGGAUGUGUUGUGCCGUCCUGGACGAGCGGCAGCUGCACGUCUCCGAUUUCAGCACAAGUGGCCCGAGCCCGGAGUGAAAGUUUGAUCCCAAAUUCAGGGAGUUUGCUGCGCCUGUCACUCCGUCCUGAAUUAUAACCGACCUCCUGUGGCUCAGCGCAGACCUUUUCCAUCCAUCUCUGUGAUAAACAGAGAAGUCCUCAGAUGAUGGAUUCUGGGGAAGUAGGGCAGCGGGGUGGCCGGGACUUCAAAGACGCUCUCGUGUAAUCUGAAAGGUCACAGGCUCGUGUUUGAGAGAGUGGCCAGAGUGCCCUUGAGCUAGAUUCUGGACCGCUUCUCGCACUAAAAGACCCGCUCUAGUCCUGCUCUAAAUUCAGAGAUGAUCUAAUCGCGGCGUUAUUUCCGUUGUGUUUGUAGAACAUUAGUCACACAGCUCUCCAGGUCUGUGCACAUCCAUGAGAUCUGUUACGUAAAUGUGAACGGAAAUCAAAGCAGAAAGAACCCUGUGUGGUAAAUCCUCACUCAGUUGUUGAUUUUUGCUAAAAAUACCUCGCUCAGGGCACUAAAUUUAUCCGGCCAACCUCGAAAGAAAUUGCUGGAAAUAACCCGCUUUGGAGCCAAAAUGGAAAUGUGUGCUGACCUGAUUCUGGCUGCGAGGUAGAGACAGAAGGACGAUGAAAACACUGAAUUCACGUAACGUUUAUUUUGAUCGGAGAUUAUAGAAUCUGUACAAGUCUUAUGACAUUUCAUCUGUGAGUGUGUGUGUGUGUGUGCGUGCGCUUUUGCGGUCCAUCUCUGAUCCAGAUUAAGGUCUCGUCUUUUAAUAUUCAAAGCCGAGAGUCCGGCUGAUGUAAAAAAAAAGCCAAAUGGACACGGCGUCUUGGAGAGCGGAGCGAUCAGAGGACGGUGGUCCUGGAGCGAGACACCACCUCACAGCAUCUAUGUAGGUUAAAUGCAACUUAAACCCAACACAAUUUGCAGGAUUAACCUCAGAUAGCUGCAGCGGCGGCGCUGUCAGGGCCGCAGCGCCGCUCACAAACCAGGACGGGUCUGACCUUGACUGGGCCGCGGUGUCAAAAUCCACUUAAACUCAAUUUGAAUCCAUUUAGUUCAGCUUCUGGCAACCUUCAGCAAGACGGGCUUUUAUUUAAAAUUCCAUUAGGUUUCUCAAUAGUCUUGGAGCUUUUAAAAAAGAGAGUGAAAAGAGGAGAAGUGAUAAAAACGAAAUGAACAGCGCUGAAAGGAAAGGCAGAAAAUGAGAGAGAGAGAGAGAGGGAGAGAGAGAGAGAGAGAGAGACAGAGAGAGAGAGAGAGAGAGAGAGAGAGAGAGAGAGAGAGAGAGAGAGAGAGAGAGAGAGAGAGAGAGAGAGAGAGAGAGAGAGAGCUGCUCUUUAAGAAAUGUGUGUUUUUUUUUCUUUUCCUGGUUUAAACGCCAUUUCCUGUCGGAGUGAUUCUGCUUAAAGAAAUAAAACAUUAGAAUUAGACUGAACAUGAAGAUUAUCUGAGGCUGUGCAGAUGUAACCUCUGUGAAGGUCAGAGGUCAAUAGCCGUGAAGAUCAGAAGGAUUUGGGUUUUAUUGUUCAAGGUAGAGCCCGUUCUAGUCAGUGUAGAACUUUAGGUGACUGAUUCUUGGUACUUAGAGACCAGGUUUAUAAAAGUCAGAGUUACUGAACGCAGCUUAGCGAAGGAUCACCAGUCCUCUUUUUAAGAUCAAAACCGUGCUAAGAAAUGCAGUCUGUCAUCUCUGUUCGUGUACAUUCAGGUAGGAGAGAGUGUAGCGUGAUGGCUGCAGACUGUAUGUUUAUAAUGGAUGUUAAUUUUAAAAAAAAUCAUCAAAACCUUGAAUUUCUAACAAAUGAGCUUUUUAAACUUAUGUUUGCAUGAAGUUAAAAACUCUUGUCUGUACAGUAUGUGGUGUCAUACUUUUAUUUAUUCCUUUAAUUGGAGCCACUAAUGCAGCAGCUACUCUUUCUAUUGUCCACAUCCAACAAACAAAACAAACGUAUCAAGGAGCAACAAUGAAGGAGUCUGGGGUUUACCCAUGAUCGAUUAGUUUACAUGAGAGAGAAGAAGGAUCCAAACCCGACUCUGAAGACGGAUCGAAGACAACUUGAGCAAGAGCAUGAGGCCUUAGUGGGUUUGACGUAAUCUUUGGAUCCUCACAGAUAUAACGAGUUUUAACAUUAACAGUAAAAUAGACCCUCAUUACUUCUGAAAAUAACUAAUCAGCUGAAUGAUAACGAUAUUGAUAGAUUGAUGUGUUGAGCCACUCAGGGAGCUUGCGCGGGGGAAUGUUUAUUAGCUGUAUGAUCAUAGACGAUAACUUGCUAAUACUUGGCGCACUCAUGCUGUGCGGUGAAGCGCGCAUACAGAUACAUAGAAGUCCGAGAUAGAGCCACGUAAAUUAAAACAACCUUUUCAUUCAGACUGAAGUCGGUCGUGUUCUCUUGGGGAGCAGACACGACAGCGUGACAAACUUUGCAAACAGUUUCCUUUCGCUCAGUGUUCGUCAAAUUGAAGCCGAAAUGUUUCUGAAGUCGUCCUUCUUUACUUCUCAACCAAAAACGACCUUCCUGCAGUGUUUUCAAUCGCUCACUCCUCAUAUUAUUGAUCCACACACGUCACACGCUGCAUUCAAGGUGCUUUUCCAGCACAGGAAUUUAAAUACGCUAAUGCGGCGCAUUAAUCGUCUUUCUACGAUCAUAAUGUUUUUAUUAUCGUAAGACGCCAAAAUUGAAAUCAUGAUUAAAAUCCGAUCAAUCUUUCAGCACUAAUUGAGACUUUGAGCUCGUUAUGAGAUGUUUAGUACAAGUCGCCCCCUGCUGGUUAUCGGAGAGAAUGCAGGUCAAGGGUUUCAUUGCAACAGUCUUAUGAUGUAAAUGUCUUAUUUGUGACAUCAGCAGUGAUCAUGUUAUCGUGUAUUAACGAUUUCGUAACUCCAAACGCCGUAUUUUAUAACUCAGCUGGGGUCAAAGGUCAAAGAUGUUCUAGAGACCCGGUUAAAGCAGGAUUAUUAAUAUCAGAAGCAGCAUUCAGGCUGGAUUAAGGUUUGUGUGCCUGAUGAUGAUGAUGAUGAUGAUGAUGAUGAUGAUGAUGACUGUAUCCGAACACGGCGGGUUCACUGCAGGUCGCUCUGCUAUUGUUGCCGGUGAACAAUGCAUCAGAAAAAAGAGAAAAACAGAAGAAGAAGAAGAAGAAGAAGCUGGGACGAGGAUCAAGGAGAGCUGCACACCUACAAGAGCGAAGGAAGCAGCUGAGGAGAAGAGAGAGACGCUCUGUUUCUUCCUCUCUGAAACGCCGUACAUCUGUUUUAGGAAAGAGUUUCUCGCUCCGGUGCAUCGUUGAGGAUUCAGAAAACACUUCUGCCUCCAGAAGCAGAGAUGUUUCAUAAAUCAAAGGUCCUGUGCUGACUCAAAACUUGAAUCGUAGCUCAUACUGUAAGCUGCGUUUGCCAGAUAUGACUUUGUCAGAGCGUCUGCCAACACUCUGGGCUGGUUAGCUGCACAGAAAGAGGCCGUCUAAAUGUAAAAGUGAGGGGGGCUCGCUCUGCUGCCGACUUGGUUUGGAUCAGAGUGUUUCUAUUAAAGGUUUUCACCUCCUAAUACUCUUAGAAACAUUCAUGAUCACUCAUGUCUCCAAAUGUUUGUCUACCAGCUGAUUUCCAUUUUUACCAGCUGAUCACCAACUGGUUCUUCUUUCCUGUCCCGUUCGCUCAGACUAAACUGUCUCUCUGCCAAAUAACUGGUGGUCGUCACCGUUUACUGACGUGUCCAAAGGGGCGAUUCUUGUUUCACCAAGACUCGGCCUUUUUUCCCUCAGAGUUUCAGGUCUGAGUUGAUGAUAUGAUCUAGAAGUUUGGGAAUGAAGCUUCACUCUACCUGCCUCCUCUGCCUCCACUCCAGCUCCUCUUUUAUUCCGUGUCUGAUUUUGGAGGACUUAGAUUUUUUAACAUCGUCACGAUCAAAUAAUCUGAUUUAAAAUCGAUUGAUCGUGCAGCCCUAGUCUUGGAUGGUUCUUGCUUGUUUGGUUUCAGUUCCUUCUGUUUUCGUUCUUGGACUCUUGGACUAAUCUCAGUCUCAGUUUUAGUGGAUCCUCUUGGUCGUAUUGGUCCUCAGAGUUUGCAGCUGUUACAGUCGGUUUCAGAGUUUUAGGAAACUUGAAUCUUGUGAAUUCUCCUCUCAGCCAACCUUCUGUGACAUUUCGUCUCCGUUUUUAUGCCGGUUACACUCCGGAGAGAACAUCAGGUCUUUGUGAGAGGAGGGUAGAGGAAUUUGUGGACUCUCUGCUGGACUGUGAACGCAGCCCGAGUGCCGUGCCACCAUACUGACGGGGUUACGAUGGCGUGAGAGCAGGGGCUGCUGGCCAGCGCUCCAGCACAGCUGAAAUAGCAAGCAGCAGAGCCAGGAGCUGAAAUACUACACCCAGGCAGCUUCUCACACUCCCCCUCCUCCUCCCUUCCUCUCCCUCCCCCUCUCCUCUUCUCACCUCUCCUCCUCACCCUGACUCUCUUUUAUCUCUGUGUUUUCUUGAUCUUCAUCACCAUCAUCUUUAGCCUCCAUCCAUCCACCCCCCUCCCUCUCGCUGUCUUCCCGGUCCCGCCCCCCAGCACAUCCUCCCACACCUCGGGUCCACCUCCAGCGAAGCGCAGCAGAGAGGUUAUGGCCUCAUUUGAAUAUCUGAAUGUAUAUCAACCUCCUCCUCGCUGGGGCGUGGCGUUCGUUUUACGGGCGCACAGCUGCGGCGGUGCUGUGGGACCAUCUGCGCAGGGCUCAUUGAGUUAGCCACAAGCUGAAGUGGAGAGAGAGAGGAUAGAGAGAAAGGAGCUUAUUCCUCUGUUUGAGUAAAUCCAUCAUGUGAAGGAAAAACCAUCCACCCGUCCAGAGUCAUACACUCCCUCAUGUUAACAUGGGAUGGUGCUACUCCAGGCAUGUGCAUGCUGGUUUGUGCGUCAGUUCAUGUGUGUGAAAAUAAUCAGACAAUAGAGCGGUGUUAGUUUGUUCUCUUCUCAGCCACCAAACUCCAUUCAAAAAAACACCAAAUUAAGAAGUCAGGAGCUGCUGCACCUCUGUUCAAAAUAUACUAUUAUUGAAUAUCAGUAUGUCUUAAUAGAGUAAUCUCUUAGUAAUGUAGUACUGUUUGAAAUGAUAGAAUUCAGUAUGAUACUGUUAACCGUUUACUUUCUUUAGUGGCUUUUAGAAAAAGAAAUAUACAAAAAUAAGGAAAUGAUAAUAAAUGAUCAAAAAGUAAAUAAGAGAACAUUUUAAAUUAAAGCAAAAUAAUCUAAAUUAAAAAACAUCAACAGUCUAAAUGCUUAAAAAAUAGUCACUGUAAUACUGUUUUUUUCUCUCUUUACUGUGAGAACCUCCAUUUAAAAAACAGCAUAAACACCACACUCCGACACAGAGGGCAGGAGUUGUUGUUCUAGCUCUGCUUUACUUUCUUUUCACUUUUUAAUCCCAUAAUUAGUCAAACAAACUCUUAAAAGUUACAAAAUAAUCUAAACUAACAGGCUGGAGCAGAGGUAGACCAGCAACUCCAGGGUCCUGCCGGAGUCCUAAAACGACGGUUUUUGUCUAUGAGGUUUGGUGGCUGUGAAGACAGUGAUGUCACAGCUGUUUCUGGACUUCUCUGAAGAACUGAGGAAGUUUAACACUGUUGUGUUUUUAUCAGAUGUAUGGAGCAACAAUCUGAGGAGAACUUCUGUUGACUUUAGUUUGACUUUUGUCUCAAACAGGAAACAUAAAUACUGGGAUUCCUCUUCGUUUGAUGAAUUACUCUUAAACAGCACACAAUCCCUUUUGUUCUGCUCUCUGUUUUAUUGUAAGUCUCCAAAGAAACGUUGAUGUGAAAAAGCUGAGAUCAGACUUUAACACAGAGACAGAGCUCUGAAGUGUCUCUGCUGCAGAAACCGUGUUUUUCUUCAGAAUCGGGUCUUAGAAGUCAUUAAAUCUGCGCUCUCAAAGUGUUCUGAAACCAUGAUGGCUCUUUAAAACGAUCCAUUUCUCUCUGCUCAGAUGUAUAAACCAGCUCACGGCGUCAGCGAGGAGUGUUUUCACGGGCAAAAGCACAGCGGUGCUUUGGGUCGAUAAAGAGUGUACUUGUUUUCUGGCGGGGCCGUGUCAGCGCAGGCAUUAGAUAACGCUUUAUUUGAUGGUGUUCAAUGGCUGACUCGUCCUCACCUCUCGCCCAAGCCUCUCCUGCUCUCCAGCCCACACGCGCUCCCAUGUAAAAACCAAACGCACACAGACAUCCACCCACUGACUCACACACACACGCUCUCUCUCUCCCUCUCCCUCUCUCUCUCUCGCUCUCUCCCUGCAUCCUUCCUCAGGAGGAUUCUGGCAGUUGUUUAUGUUAUUGAACUGGUUAUCACAUUACAGCUGGAACAGCAGCUCCGAGACGCACAGUCCUCCCGAUUUCUCAUGAAAGAAGGCAGAGACGGAGCGGAGGGACAAACUGAUCCCAACAUAUCUGAACGGUUUUUCACCAAACUCGCCGCCAGACUGCAGACUUCUUUUCUUAUUAGAGAAAAACACACAAACAUGCAGACUCUGGUGUUUUUAUGAUCUGCUGUCUGUCAAAAACACAAUCAUACGAUCACUCUCAUUGACUUCUUUCCAUUCAGUUAAUGAUUCGUUCAUAUUUACUUAAAGGUAGACAAGCAACUCCCACAUAACAAGAGUUCUGAUGACUAUGAGAGCAUCAUAAUAAUCCACCUGACUGUGCCCCACAAUACUCGGGGUGGGAGAAAAAAAACUAUACAGCAUAGUAUCGGGAUAUUUUGUCUGGUGAUCGUCUCAUUUACCAAGUAUUGAUUUUUUCAAAUUAAUCCUUAAUAUGAAGUCAAAUCAAUGAUAAUGGAAAAAUAAAAUCAACUGUUUGUCCAGUGAGGUUUGGCAGAGGGGAAAUCAUAGAGCAGGAGAAAGUUAGUACAACAAAUAUAUAUAUGAGGUUAGCAAGAUGUGCCACAUGAAAAUAAAAUAUCGUGUAAAUAAGACAAACAUAAAGAACGACCAAUACCAAAUUAGCUAAACAGUUGAAAAUUGUAUAAAUCGAAAUAUUGAAUACUCACUGUAUUGCAAAAUGAUGAAAAUCGCAAUAAUAUCGUAUCCUGGCCCAAGUAUUGUGAAAGUAUUAUAUCAUGGCACAAGUAUCGUAAUAGUAUCGUAUCAUGCCCAAGUAUCGUGAUAAUAUUGUAUCAUGAUAGUAUCGUAUCAUGACUCAAGUACCGCGAUAGUAUCGUGGCCCAAGUAUCAUGAUAAGAUCGUAUCGUAGCCCAAGUAUCAUGAUAAUAUUGUACUGUGGCCGAAGUAUUGUGAUAAUAUUGUAUUAUCGCCCAAGUAUCCUGAUAAUAUCGUACCGUGGGGUCACUAGUGAUUCCCAUCCCUACACCAUACCCCCAAUCAUUUACUGACUGUGGACUGAAAUAUGAAAUUAUAAAACAUAUUUUCAGUCGUUUUCUUUGAUUCUAAUUUUUCAUGUCUGUUUUUUGUAGUUCUUUGGUAUCAGGUCCCUCAUCUCUAACAGUCAGGGUUAAUGGAUGCUGUUAAAACCGCCACAUAGAUGUAAAUGAGCACAGACCACAGGUGAAGUUACUCGAACCCACGGUGAGGGCUGAAAGGUGAUGGUGUUAGCUCUGCUAAUGGUAGCUACACUCUGAUGAAUGUGUGGGAGUAAAGGUGCUUCAUUCUGAGGGGUUUUAUCACUUUAUCUGAGUCAGUUAAAUUUCUAUUAUAAUGAUUAGGAAAUGAUCAGGGAUAGAUCAAUUAAUCAGCAUUCCUUCAAUUAUCUGGAUUGUUUUUCUGAUUGGCUGGAUGUCACAAGGAUCUAACGGGUGACCUGUAGAAGACGUCUGACGAGGGCUGGGCGAUAAAACGCAAAUUUACUGGUGAGCAGCUUGUGGAGUAGUUAUCAUCCAUAUAUGGUUAUCAAGGUGAACUGAUUAAUAUAUCGAGAUAUUGAUUUGAGGCCAUAUCGCCCAGCCCUAUGUCUGAUCUGUAUUUUUGUUGGAGUUUAGCUGAAUUUAGACCACAAAAAUAUCACGAUUAAUGUUCACUGCUAACAAACACCAACAUGUUAGUUAAUCUGCUUGUUUUUUGUUCUUUCAUCGACUCGAACCUUCACCGCUGCAGCGUCAGGUCAGGAAAAAACGCCUUUUCUUCUGUGUAAAUAAGACGGUUUGUUUCUGUUUGGUUUGAACAGAUCCUCUCUCACCUUUCAGUAAAUUAUUGAUCACUUUCUGUCGGCCUUGAACAGAUACCAUCCUGUCGGAUCAAUUUAACCUGUUUUAUAAAUCUGUAAAAAUCAGGAGAUGAACUUUUCCUUCUCGUCUUUUUUUCCGGGGUGGGUUUUGUCUGGUUGAACGUCCCGCUGUGAGAGGAGUUGUCUGAGAAAAUGAAGCUGUGGAAACUCCUAAAGCUCGUCUUUACUUACAGAGCAGAAACAGCCCUCCCUGCGCGCUCUGCUUAUUGAGCUCCUCUACAAAACAGAAAUGAGUGUUGAUAAAUCAUUUUCUCCGCCGCAGCAGGCGGCAGGUUAGCGGCACGCUGUGAGUGAUGAGAGAAGAAAGAGCAGAUUUGGUGGUUAAAAAGUCUGCGCUGGAACUUAUGAAACUUCUUUAUUUUUUUUCCUUUUUGCACAGCCAGCAAGAAAACCUAAUCCAAAGACGUGUUUUUGCUUUUCUUUUCUUUCACCCUGUGGUUCCUCAUCCAAUCCAAAGAAGUGCUGCGUUUUCAAAUCCCCUCUUCUUCUUCUUCUUCUUCGUCUUCGUCUUUGCUCGUUUACUCUCUGUCCUAAAUAUCUCUCCGUUAUUCACUUUGUGUGAACUUUGCCUCACAAAAGCGGCUGAUAUCUCUGAAUUCCUGAAUAAAACGUCUUUUGUGGCGUCUCUCAGCCUCAGAAAAUUCAACAAACCGGCGAGAAUUAAAAGCGCUCGGUAAUAAAAUAAGAACCGCUUUGAGGUCAAUUGUUUCCUGACGCAGCCAUGACCCCCCGGAUUAGAGGCUCCGCAUCAUAUGGUCAUACUGUCAUUAUGAUUGUACACGGCGGUGAUUGAAGUGAAAACCUGGGUAUUGUGGGUUAAAAUGAUUAUGGAUUAACAUGACAGCGUGGUUUUUUCUUCCUCGCCGUAAAGCCAGCGCCGCUCCAGCGAAGCAAAGCAAAGGAGCUUAGAGCUUUUAGAGCCCGGAGUUCAGGUCUGCGGCGGCGGCGGCGGCGGCUGCAUCUGUUGUUACAGUCGGACAACACACACACACACACACUCUGACACAUGCUGGAGGGUCGUAAAGUGUGUGGUUGUGAGAGAGAGAGAGAGAGAGAGAGAGAGAGAGAGAGAGAGAGAGAGAGAGAGGAGGAGGUGAUGCAGUAUGAAGGAAAGCUUUUCACAGAGGACAAUUCCUCUGGAGUCACAACAGGUGUGUGUGUGUGUGUGUGUGUGUGUGUGUGUGUGUGUGUGUGUGUGUGUGUGGAAUUAUGAGCCGUGCACUAACAGGAGGAGGGGGGGUGGAGGGCUUAUGAAGGGUCCCCUCUGCCCCACCUGUAGCCUGUCAGCUGUUGUAAGCCUGUUAAAACGUCAGCUGUUUCUGAGGAGAAGUGUGUGUGUGUGUGUGUGUGUGUGUGUGUGUGUGUGUGUGUGUGUGUGUGUGUGUGUGUGUGUGUGUGUGUCAAUGUCAGGGAGCUCAUGGAGGUUUGUGGGGAGGGGGAACAAACAGGGAGUGGAAGGGGGGGAGGGGUUCCUGGCGUGGUGUGGCUCUCGCCGCCCCGUUGCACAUCAAACGCCUCGUCGCCUUCGGGGAUUUGUUUGUGCACAACAGAGCGCCUCGUGCCUGCGCCGAGCGCCAUGGCGGUCUGGUCCUCUUGGCUGCACAUGUCGCCUGAAACUGGCUGCUUUGUUCCUGGAAGUUUGGAUGCCCGAAUAAAAACCAGAGUUAUGAGUAAAAAAGUCGACCAUGAUCUGAAUCUGUGCGAACAUCUGAGCUCUGAUUUCUAGACGAGUGAUUCUUCAUUUUAGAACCGGAGUCUGACAUUUAAAGGUUUAAAAAGUCUCUCCUGAUCCGUUUGCUCCUCCCUCCUCAGACGAGCGUCGACCACGAGUGCGAUGCUGAGAUUUGUCCAGAACAGUCCGCAGGAGUUCAUUAACUUUGGUUUACAAGGGGAUCCAGGGGGGACGAGGCGAGACCACACUGGUCUCUGUGGGUCUGUCAAGCGGCGCAGACGGCGUAGAGAGGAAGCAGAAAAGGGAAACGGCUCUUCAAACCGCCACCACUGUACCGGGUUAAUUAUCGGUGUUAAUUAUUCAGAGUUAACAGCAGCAGCAGCUCACUUCCUGUUUUUGUUUCUUCUGUCUUAUCAUCAUAAAAGCACUCCUACUUUAUAAUACAGAAGGGCUUUUAUUUUGAAGGUCUGACAGGAGUUCUAGGUGUUCGAUUAAAGUCAGAAAAUAACUGAUUAAAGUUUCUGAAACUUCUGAAAACUCCGAACCAGCUGGACAUCUUGUUAACUUCAGCAGACUGUGACUCACUUAGGGUCUGGUCCGAGUCUUUGAAGUGGUCUUUGUGUUUCCAGCUGUCUGGAUCUGAACUUUGUUUUGUCUCCUGUCACAGACCAGACUGUUUAUGAUCACUUCGUUUACUGUCCUGCUUCCUCGGCUUUAAAUCAGCUGCUGUUACCUUUCAACUCGACGACCAGAGAGAGCAGAGAGGAACGGGACGGAUCGAAUCAUCGGUUCAUUACCUGAAAAUACUGAGAGACACAGAGAGAGAGACAGAGUGUUUGUGAGAUGGUGACAAAAACUGGAUCUAAACUCAGUAUUUCUUUGUCUGGAUGGACGCAGAUGUUGCUCCUAAACCUGUAGAUGUUAUUCAGCAUUAUAUCUAAAACUGAGGAUGCAGCAUCUAUGAUUUCCAGUUCUUCGUUGAAAGAACAAGCUGUGGUUGUUUUAAAGUGCUCUACAAAUAAAGUUGAGUUGAGUUGAGUUGGAUGGACGCAGAUGUUGCUCCUAAACCUGUAGAUGUUAUUCAGCAUUAUGUCUAAAACUGAGGAUGCAGCAUCUAUUAUUUCCAGUUCUUCGUUGCCUUAGGCGAAAUGUCCCAAGUCAGUCCAGUUGUCAGAUUUUGAUUCAUCAGACCUCAGAUCAGUUCACAGACAGGUGAUAUUAACCCCAUGCGGUGACUCCAACUCCAGAGUCCUGAUGCUCCUAAACCUGCAGGUCUAGUUCAGCAUCAAUGGAGCCUUCACAGAUGAGGAAGAUCCCCCUGACAUGGACUCUGAUGAUCCUCAGACCAUCUGGGAUGCUGAGAUCAUAAUAAUCCCUAUUCUCAUUUUAUCGACCCCUCAGGUUUUGGCGUCUCAUGGCGUCCUCAUGGCGUCCCUGUGGUCCUGUUGAAUAACGCGACUGUACUCCAAAGAUGAGGGUCCAAACGAUAGUUUCUGGUCGGGCUUUGGGGACUGUGAGCUGAUGCACCGAUCCACAUUUUUUCACAUCUGAUCCGAUCUUGAUUUCUGAAUUUGGAUAUCUGCCGAUACCGAUACUUUUCCGACACCAGAGCUCUGUCAGCUUUACCAUCAUUAUCAUCAUUGUUGUUAGUUUUAUAUGAGGCUGUCAGAAACUUCUCUCUACAGGCAGAUUCAUGUACGUACGAUUUCAUGAACGGAGGCGUUUUUCAUCUCUGUGUCUCAUCGAGACACGCCUUCGUUCAGGAAAUCCAUUUCGCAGUUUGCAGCCCGCUAACAGACUGACCCGCAAGAAUCACUUGGACAGUCAUAGAAGACAAAGUUAAAGCAAAGACAUGACUUGUGGAUUGGAAUGCAUGAAUUUCAUCGGUAUCAGAACCCGAUACAGAUACUGGAUCGGAUCGGCCUCAUCCUCCUGGAAACCUUUACCUGCUGAAACAGGAAAGAAGAAAAACUUUAAAAGCAGGAUUUAAAAAAACACAAAAGCAGCUGGACGUGUUCUGAAAAUGCAGAUGGCGGUUUUUGUUCUUGAAAAAUUGGGUUAAAAGUUUAUUUUGCGCCUGUUUGAGUGUCUGCAGCAGGACGACCUCUUAAUUAAAAUCCAGAUUGAUUUGACGGUCAUGAGUCUGAAUCAGAUGAAGCGCUCCGUUAUUAAAAAGAGACGGUUUGAUUCCUGGUCCCUGACAUCCAGUCAGAUCCCGACAAAGUGAGCGCGUCUCUGGGCUGCGUGUCCCGUGUUUGUAGUCCUGGUCUCCAGUCCGCCUGCAGAGCCUGUUUACUCUCAGAGAAAUUAGAGUUGAUGUUGGCUCGGCUCUGAUUUUUCCAACAGCACUUCAAACAAGAAUUUAAAAAAGACUUUUUUCCUCCGCUCCUCAAAAACUUCCUGAUCCAAACAACUCUUUGAAAUUUAACAUCCAUGAAUCUUUAAUUCGGGACGUCUGCUCUCAUUUUUCUGGGCGUGAGCUGAGAGUCUCUGCGCGGGCGUGGGAGUCACAGGUGCUGAGUGAUUUAUAGCUUUAAUUUACUUGAUAGAUUAAAAUAUGAUACAGCAACAAGCGCGGAGCGUUAAUUAGGAAAACAGCGAGGGAUUGUUUCUCUUGAGUCGGCUGGCAGGGGGACAGAAAAAGCUUACUACCACACUUACGGCUUAAAAGAGACGUGUUUUCACUUCAUUCAAGGACUAAUCUGUGAGAAAUCGUCAUUUUACGUUUAAAAAGCUCAAACUUUUGCACAGACGAACACAGAAAGAGCUGAAUCAGUGCAGCUUCGCCCCGAUACUUGGUCGCUGAGAGCGCUCAGAGCUGCAGAGACCGGGUUUCGGAGGACGGGGUGGCGUUGGAGCCUUUGUGGUAGCAGCUGAGUCGAAGGGAACAGGUUGCUGCGUCUGUUAGGGCUCGUCUCGCUGCUCUUGACCUUUAACCUUUCGCCGUGACAGCUCCUGGGGCUGGCAGAUAGCAGAGUCCCUCCUGAUAGGGAGAGGCAGGGCGGGUUAGAUGAGACGCAGGCCAGAGCUGUUGUGUAAAACAUCAUAAAAUCACUCUCUGGACGUUUGUUGGAGCGCUUCAGCUGACAUCAGAUGUCCCUUUUUUUAACCAAAGGCAUAUUUCCGAGGAUUUGAGACGUGCUGAUUCCUAAAAAAAAUCAUCCCUCUGACAUAAUCUGAGCUCUUCCAACAACUGACAUGAGGGGAAAUGAGUUUUCGAUGAGCCCGCUCUGAGAACAUCUGCAGACUUUUGAGGAAAUAUGCGUUUGUGUAAUCAGAGAAAAAUCUGUAAAAAAAAAAGAGGAGCUUCCUGUUUCCAUCCUGACUGUGACGCUGGAGGAACAUUAACAACAUUUAGACUUCAUCAGGUGAGAAACAAACGAGGACGAGGAAACAACUCCAUUAAAAUUCAUCUUCAACCUCAGAGGAGCUGAAACAAUCGGAGGAUCGUCUCCGGGUUCGAGUUUAAUGGUCUUCAGGUUUGACAGUUGAAUAAUUGGCUCAGGUAACUUAUUUUAAAGAACUCGUUAUUGCCUCUAAAAUCUCAGUUUUCAACAGCUCAACAGCGCCAUCUUCAGAGUAAAAUACCGUAAGAAAUACAAAAGUAGCUCUUCCUGCACUCUCAGCUGCAUUUUUGUGGCUCCAUGAAACUAUUUCGAUGAUCUUAGAGUUUGAGGAUCACCACAGAGGAGUGACUGAAACUGAACCUGAGGAGUUAUCUGCAGCGAUUUUCUUCACGUGAAACAGCGUCAUCCUUUAAAAACACGUUCAAAGAACCUUGAAUUUUGCAGAAUAAGCACUUUAAAGUUGUCUCCUUUUUCUAAGUCGUGGAUUUAGACCAUAAUAAUGAAGCAGUUUAGGGCCGCCACCCACCAACGAUUAAUCUGAUAAUCGACACGACUACGAUUAUUUUUGGGAUUAAUCGACUAAUCGGAUCGUAUAUUUUUGAUUUUUGCAUUAGUGUUUUUUAUCUCAAUGGGACCAUCCUGGUUAAAUAAAGGUUAAAAAUAUUUGUAUAUAUAUAUAUGUAUAUAUAUAUAUCAGAUUAUUGCACCAGAAUGCAGCUGCUGUUUUAGCAGCAUUAAAUAACCUCCGUGGUGAAUCUCUUUAUUUCUAAUAUUGGUUUAAAAUCUGUAUUAAAAUGCAGAAUAAUGGAGUUUUUAAACAUGCAGGUCAGAGUGAGAUUAAUGAUGAUGAAUUUAUACUCAGAAGAAUAUGUGCUUUGACAGCAAAUACUCCACAGAACUAAAUAAAUACUGUUUGUGUAGGUGGUCGUUCAUUCACAGAGAGAUGCAGAAAAACCUGUUUAUAUCAGUCAGUGAUGGAGCUGAUAUCAGUGGAAGUCAAUGGGUGUAAACCAGUUUGAUCCAUCAAGACUCUCUGGUUCUGAGAUUUGACCCGUAAUCUCGUCACACACUGAUCCACGUCUGCUAAAACAACAUGUCGGUGUUUUUUCUUCGCCUUUGUUUCCUGCUGCGACUUUUAUUUGAAAUGUGACAAAAACACCAAGAAUUCCUCAAUAAUGUAGGUCACACACUCCAGAGAGAAGAGCUCACAGCAGAGCCGCACCAGACGAGAGCUCUGUCCUCGUCCUCGCCGUGGUUUUUUUAAUAUCGCCCGUCCUCAGGAGAGAGAGGCACAUUUGCAUAAUCAGGGUAUUCACUGUCAAAGCCUUGAAAGCGUAUCAUGUUUAUUCACAAACCUAUUAGUCACUUGGUACAAAGACAAAACAGCAAAUAAUCUCCUCUUCAACAAACCUCUCCAGCUCCUCUUUGUGGCGGCACAUCACUCAGGUGGCGCACCUUUUUUAGACGCCACAAAAACACGUACAGAUCUGUGCGUCCUUCCUCUAACUCUUCCGGAGUAUUUGCAGCUACACGGACGUGUGUUUAUGGCUGUGAGAGCUGGAGCUUAUGCGCUUUGUGUUUCCUUUCAACAUAAAUACACUUGCCCGCGGGCGAAGUAGCUUCUUCCUCUCGCUGCUCUGUUAAAGAAGAGAGAGAGAGAGAGAAUAGAUCUUUGUGCCUCCCCCACCUCUCCUCAGAGCCGGAUCCCCCCCACAUGCAGCCAGAACCACACAGUCUUGGCCGGCUCUCCUGUUUGUCUCAGGAGGAGCGGAGGUAGGCUCAUAGAUCCCCGUUUCAGGCUCCGGGCCAGAACCCUGUGUUCAACAUGGAGGGUCCCCAGGCAGCGCCAAUGUGUGUGGAGUAAGUAAGCGGGGAGAAACCUUGGAAAGAGGCAGCAGAGGAGAGAUUUGGAGACGACAUUAUCCUCCAAAAAUAAUGUGUAGAUAUUCGCUCUCAGUGAACACAGACUGUAUGAUCGGGUCUGAGCGUGCGGCGCGGUCUCUGAAGUCACAUCUGAGUCGACUGAAAACUUUGUUGGUUCCCAUCAUUAAUAUUUCAGACGUUACAGUGUGUCGAGAUGAUUCCUCCUCUGUUUUCUGAAUUUGAACCCAAAAAUCGGUCAGAAUCUACGGCGGCGAAGCAACAAGCGCUUCUUUCAAACAAGAUUUCCACCUGAUAUUACUGAGCUGUGGAUUCAGACUGUAUCUGUACUAUCCCUGGUUUAAACAAGAAAUCACUCUCUCGCCUCCAACUAGUUCAGAAUGCAGCAGCUAGACUUUUAACUGGUUUUAGUCGACGGCAUCACAUCACCCCAAUUUUAGCCUCCCUUCACUGGCUUCCUGUCAGCUUUAGAAUUGAUUUUAAGAUUUUAUUGAUUACUUUUAAAGCGCUCAAAGGACUUACUCCGAGCUACAUUUCAGAGCUUUUAAUAUCUUAUGAGCCAACUCGCAGCCUCAGAUCCUCAGGCGAAGGCCUCCUGGUCGUUCCAAAGUCGAGGCUCAAGACUAAAGGUGAUAGAGCUUUCUCCAUCAGAGCUCCUCGACUUUGGAACGACCUGCCAGAGGAGAUAAGGCGUGCAGAGACAGUCGCUUCUUUUAAGUCAAUUUUAAAAACUCACUUUUACAGACUUGCCUUUAUGUGAUGCCAUCUUUCAUCUUUUAUUGCCUUUUACCGUUUUUAUUUUUCUCCUUUUUCUUUUACCUCUUUCACCUCUUUCUUAUUUAGACUUACUGCCUUUUUAGCCUUUGUUUUACCUAUAAUCUUUUUAUUGAUUUUAAUGUUUUCAUUUUCCUUUAUUUUAUAUAUAUAUUUAAUUCCACUUUAUCAUUUAUAUUACCAACAUUUUAUUUUAUUAUGAUUUUAUUAUUAUUAUUAAUAUCCUCUUUUAUACUUACUAGCCUGUUUUCUUCCCUCCUUUUCUAUUUCUUUUUUUUGCUUUUAUUUUGGUCCUCAUGGUCCCAUUUAUUUUGUAGGGUUCUUGUAUUGCCUGGGUUUCUUUCUUACGAAAAGUGAAACAGGCCUACAAUUCAGAGGCCUGUUUUUAACUGAGCUUUUGUUUUUAUGUGUUUUUAUUUUCAAUGUGCUGAUGCUCUGUGCUCACAAAUGUUGUCUAAGCACUUUGUAAACUUCUGUUUUUAAAGGUGCUAUAUAAAUAAAAUUAUUAUUAUUAUUGUUAUUAUUAUCAGACGACCUUCAUGUGACCCCGUAUAUGUGGGUUAGACAGGGUCAGUUUUAAAACUACAGCUGUACUCUACAAUUAUCCAAAAUAUCAGAGGUCCUGAUGCUAAUAGUAUGAAGAGGGUUCGAGUCAAAAUACCGGAAACAUCCUGAACGGGACAAAAUACAAGAAUAUUAAAAAUUCACACUAACACUUUACUUCACUCCUAUCUCUAUAACGCAUUAUAAAUAUGUGUUAUAAUCAUGUUAUAGUGCUGUAUAAGUUUAGUUAUAAACACUCAUAAAUGAUCAUAAUGCUUCAUAGUCAUAAUUAUAAUUAUAACACAUUAUAAAUAUGUGUUAUAAUCAUGUUAUAGUGCUGUAUAAGUUUAGUUAUAAACACUCAUAAAUGAUCAUAAUGCUUCAUAGUCAUAAUUAUAACAUGAUAAUAUGACUGACAAAGUCAUAGUGGUUUAUAACUGUUAACAACUCACUGAUACUGCCUCAUACACAGAUCUAUGAUGUGUUAUAAUGUGUUUAUAAACGUGUAUAACUAUCAUUAUUAACACUCAUUAAUGAUCAUAAGGCUUUAUAACUAUAAACAGAACACAUUAUAACACCUGACCUUAUCAGUCAUCAUUAAAUAUCACCAUGACCACCACCUCUGAAGCUGUUCCUACAGUCUGCUGGACACGCUGGUGAUUAUAGGGAGCGCACCCAGACCUGACCAAUCAGACGGAGCGAACAAACCCCGCACCACACAAACGGACGCGCUCAACAAGCGCAGAUGACUACACGCUGACUCAGAGAGACACAGCAGACAUCUGCUCUCUCUCUCUCUCUCUCUCUCUCUCUCUCUCUCUCUCUCUCUCUCUCUCUCUGGUCGAGCGGCAGAGCAACAUUUCUACCAGUCGACACUUUUAUACGUCACACGGUUUAGACCGUCAUACCGCCGAACACGAGGGCCUGUGCACACUCACGAUCACUCCGGCCUCCCUCUCUUCCUGUUUUAAUCCGUCCCUCUGCUUUUCAGACGCUCUCUCUCUCUCUCUCUCUCUCUCUCUCUCUCUCUCUCUCCAUCUGUGAUAGUUCUUACUUCCUGUUGAAGAUCCUGCAGUGUUUCUCCAUGUUUUCACUCACUGAACUGAUGAAGUUUCACUCCGAUCUUUCUGACUCAGAUUCCUCCUGCGGUUUAAACUCGGGUCUAAAUCUGUUUUGUGGUCGUUUCCUUGUGUUUGUGGUUGAAUUAAUCACAUCCUCUGCGCGGUGAUGUUGGGAUUGUUGUGUUUAGAAAGUGUGUAUAUUUUUCCCCUCAGUGGGCAGAUCUCCUGAUAGACGAGGAGGAGGAGGAGGAGGAGGGUUGGUGUUUUUCCCGCUCUCCUCACAUUUAUCCUUAUAAAGUUGCUGCUUCAGGAGCGGGUCGCUCUCUGGAAUUUCUGCCCCAUGUUUAACCCGUUGGGCUCCGGGCACCCUCGCAUACAUUCACUGUGUUGUGUGGAAACUCAAUGACACAACUGUUCAGCAGACUCCUGGCCUCCCAUUUCCCACACCCUCCGGCCCCCUCGGAGAUUUCAGUGUCAGGACGGGUCACGGAGGCUGAGAGUCGUUCCUUGGGAAGCGGACUCGCCGUCGUACUCGCUCGCAGAUCUCUCCUUUUACAGUCCUCGGCGAACUGGAUCUACGGCGGUUUGAUGCACACAGCUUCGGACACGGCGUCAGAUCGUAGCCGUCAGCGGCGGGCCCCGUCAGAGCGAGCGAGCGAGCGAGCGGGGGGAGGGAGCAGCCGGAGGAGUCUGACAGCAGAGGAGUCAUUUUAGAAUCGAAGGAAGGGAGGGAGUUCUGGACGAGUGGCACGAGACAUUACCGGUGUGUUGAACUCUCCGACAGCUGAGCAUGCCACUGUACGUGAGUGUGUGUGUGAGCGUGUGUGUGUGUGUGUGUGUGUGUGUGUGUGUGUGUGUGUGAGGGAUCCAGUGGAACAAAAGGUAUGUAAGCAGCUGCAGACCCAAAUGGAGGAAUGACGGCUGAACACACCGUCCUGUUUUUUUUUUUCUAGCUCCAGUUUCUUACAGUGAAGACGAACUUCGUGAAAUUCACACGAACGUCAUUAAAGACGUUAUUUCUCUGAACUUCAGUCUUAAUUAUCAGAGUUUUAGGAGGUUUAAGGUGAAGAUUUUCAAAACUCAGUUUUAUCAAAAUUGAGAAAGUCUGACGUCAUUUUGCUCAACGCAAACGUCGCCAUUAUUGAAAUUAACGUGCGUGAAACAAAGCGCUCGGCUGCUCUUUACUUUUAGAUUUAAUUACCCGUUUAUAACGAAGCCUAGCUUCAUUUGAUUAAUAUUAAUAUCAGUGUUUCCCCUAGAACUGUGUGUGUGUUUCUUUUGCCGCUGUUACAUUCACGUUACGUUACCCGCGCUACUCGCCAUACAGGCCGUGUAUAAGAUUACACGUUACCCUUCACGUUAGUGGAAGAGGGUUCGACAGGAUUUGAUGCGCUCCCUGAUGACUCACAACAGGUCAGAAACAACGUCGUGUGUUGUUGUGUUGUUGUGCUCACACAGUGAAUCAUUAGUGGCGCAUUGAUAUUGAUGAUCAUGUGUAGUUUCAGUAGUGGCGCCGCUGCUGACUGAAUGUCGGGGAAACUGCUGAUGAGUGCGAGGUCGAACUACGUGAGAUAAAAACUGUUAUUUUUAGGUUGGCGGCUUUUAUUCAACUGUGCGCCACGAUCAAUUGCACGUAGGAGAAACCGUGAUUAUCGUAACAUCGCACAAUUCUACGAACAAACGCCGCUCUGAAGUGAAGGCCGGAUACAGAUCAGGAAACUUCUUUUCGAACCGUCAAAUCAAAUCAAACUUAAUUUAUAAAGAACUUUUCCUACAAAAGAAUUUAACGUAAAGUGUUUUAGAGUCAAUUCUGAGUGUUCAUGUAAACUCACAGCGGUGAAUUUAAUCCACGAUGCUGCUCAGAGAUUCCUCGACUUUGGCGGCAGAUUUGAAAAAAUCGGAGAAGAAACUCAUGUAAAGAUUUGACGUGUUUUUGAUGUUUGUGUUUUUAUAAACGUGUGAUAUUAAAGUCAAAGUCGGUUCAGUUGUCUUCGCCAUGAAACUGUUUCUCCUCCUUUAAAGAGCCGAACAACAAGCCCCUCACUCACUCACUCGCUCACUCGCUCGCUCGCUCGCUCGCUCGCUCGCUCACUCACUCACUCACUCGCUCGCUCGCUCACUCACUCACUCACUCACUCACUCACUCGCUCGCUCGCUCACUGGUCAUGGCGGACACUGAUGAAUUGGUGGCAGUUGCUGAAGGCAUAUUAGGGCAAAGGGUGAGCGGGGAGGGGUUUAGGGGGGAGAUGAGUGAGUUUGAAGGGAGGCGGGGGAGGCGGGGGGGGGGGGGGGGUAACGAGAAGCAACAGGAGAGGAAGGAGGGAGGGAGGGGGGGGGUAUUGGUGGUAGGGGCUGGGGGUGUCGGUGAGAGGGGUAAUUUGGGGCGUCCGGAGCGCGGCGUUCCUGCAGCAGUUGUCAGUGGAGCGUUGGAUGGCACAUGAGCUGUUCCUCCUCAGGACUGGACCUCCUGGCUGUUCUCUCACUCGGACUAACUCCCUCCUAAAACCGUCCUCCGUCAAGAGUCAAGACUCGGCUUUUUACUCCGCGUGUGUCACGGCUUUCAGAACGCCUGUAAUCUUUGACGGUAAGAGCGACAAACGGCGUUUCUCCGGCUCUGAAAGCGUGUGUGUGUGUGUGUGUGUGUGUGUGUGUGUGUGUUUCCUUUGGUGUAAUUGGUUUGAGUCGACGUGAACGCCGCUUCACUUAAAACCGUAAUUACUUCUUGAGAAAAUGUCAUUCUUGAUGGCUGUUUUUAAGCGUCCCCAUUACUUGAACUCACAUUUUCAGCGUUCACGUUUGAUUUCAGACGCCGUUUCCAAAAAGCCUCUAAUCUAGUCCGGGAAGUCCACGGUUCGGGGUGCACUCUUGGCGCCUCUGUGGACUUUACAAGGUAGAUAGCGUGGAGUGCGAGGUGACUUGCUGUGUGUGGCCUGUUCUCCAUCACCAGCCGCCGAGCUGACACCUUCCUUCCCCAGCUCCGAAAUCUGCUGAGAGAGGACAGAAAACAGAGGGAGGGGGGCCGCCGCCGCCGCCGCCGCCAUGGGGGGAGGGAGAUUUAUGGGCGAUAGCUUGUGUUGUCAUGCAGCUCGUAACGUCACACCUGUUCCUUUUCUUUCCUGAACUGAAGGCUCACGCUGCUGUUAAUGCGUGGAGCGCGUGUGUGUGCGCCCUUGACACCUGUUUAAACCGUGUGCUAAAGCAGGAAAACACUCACAUUUAAGGCUUUGAUGCUUUCCUUUCAUCGUCUCGUUUGCGCUCUUCUUUCAUAUCUUGUUUUUCAAAGCGUCGUCAGUCAAAGAGAGACGGUAAAAAGCAGAAAGUUGAUUAUUCUCACCAGCUAAGAGGUUGUCUGUUCGACCUAAAAAGUGACAUUGGUUAACAGGACCGUGUGUUUUAUCAGUUUAAUUUCCAGGCUUUGUUUUUAAGCUGCGUCAUCGUGUAUAAACCAAUUUAUGAGCAACAGCAUGACAGCAGUACAUGACUCCUCAGAGUUAUUUUGGUUUGAAUAGGAAGCCGAAUGAUCUGCAGGGGUCUCCUCUUCACAAAAACAAACAAACCCAGGGAUCAGUACAUAUAAAUGUGCCAAAUAAACUGGUUUAAUUGAAGAAUCAGCAUUUUCCUAAAGCAGUUUGGUGCAAACAGGACUUCAGCAGGGGCUGUCAGCUGCUGUAAACAUGUUCUAAAGUGUUCGGCAUGCUUUAUAGGUCAGGAUUCAUGAAUGCUCACAGUUCCCAAGUCUGGUGGCCCAGAUGACCCACAAUGGUGUCUUUGGUUUUUACCAUUUGUUAAUAAAAGUCUGUUGUUUGUCGGGCCAAAGAAGAGGUUUGGAAGUUUAAACAAGAAGCUGAAUUAUCUGCCGAGGUCCUCUCUCAUAAAAAAACAAACAGAUCCAGAGAUAAAAUCCUGAAGUCGAGGGAGAAACUGACUUCAUCUUAAAAAUCAGUGUUUUUACAGUCCAGUUUGGCACACACAGGGCUGGGAGUGGGGCUGUUAGCUGCUGUCAGCUGCUGUUAGCUUGUUUUAAUGUGUUCAUCAUGUUUUUAAGGAUCAACGAGUUUUUAACUUCAGUCUGAUUUUCUGCAGAGGUCUCAGUCUUUCCCUCCGUCUGUCAUUUAUAUGGAUGAAUCACUUGGACCAAAGAAGAGGUCUGAAGAACUACAGGGACCACCUUUUCUCGGGGACAGUUUUUAGUUGGAUUCAGGGAUGCGGAGAACAGCUGUGAUCACAGACUGUGUUGAUUUUGAGUCCAUGCGGUGAUUUCCACUUCAGAGUCCAGUCUGUUUUUAAUGCUCUGAGGAUCAGGACUGUCCGGUCUUGGUUUCAGUCUUUGUCUCUUUAGGACAGAAAUUUCUUAAAAUGAUAUUUUAAGAUCCUAAAAAACUGUUAUAUUUAAGGUGAACGUGUCUUUCUGUUUUGAGUGGCGGGCUGUGAUGGACUGUUUGAUGUCUAACGUGGAGAUCGUCCGCCGUCCUCGCAGACUUUGUCCUGAUGAAACUCCUCGUUGUCAGAGGUGAUGAAAGUUUGAUAAUCCUGUAAGAGGCCGGUGUUUUUGAGAGCGCACUGACCUGCCUCGCUGCCUCGCCUUUCUUUAAACGCUCAGGAGAGCGAGUGCAGAGAGCGGCGGGUCUCUGAGCAGCUGCUCGGCGCUUGUUUUUAAGAGUAUCUUGACAACAGAGCCGCUCUGACUCGAUCUCAUGUGGCCGGACUGAAAGCGAAGUGUUUGCAAUGACCACACAGUGUGGAAACAAGCAGGACGGAGAUGUUUAUUCUUUGUCUGAGGGAAAAUAAACCUGUUUUCUUCAGGGAGAGUUAAUCUGUUGAAAGGAUUGCAGCAUGUGUGCGUGUCUGCGGUGUUUGUUAUUACUGAGCGCCUUCAGCAUUCUUUCAGAGCCCACAUUUCAGAGCUAAUGAUAGAUAAAUCCCCUCAAUAGUUGGAGUUAAAUGCUGAAAAUAGGCAGGUGUUACUGUGCAUGAAAAAACAGCCUCCCACUCACCUGCAGAGACUCAACCUGAUCGUGUUUUUAAUGGACGCUUCUCUGCCUGGCUCUGAUUUGUCUGGUCUUGAUCUGGCCCGACUGGCUCCCGUCUUGGAGGCCUCAUUGAUGAGAAACGUGUUCGACUGGUGAUGCCAAACUUCGGUACACAUGCUGGCGGCGGCGUGCACGCCCUCUGUCCCCGAGUGUCACGUUGAUGUCAUCAUUGUUUUGUCUGGAGGGCAUUUUUGUCGGUGGCAGAGCUUUUGUUGUCGCCCCGCUAAGAAUGAAGAGGAGGGAGGAAACCUGUAAACAGAGUGAGAAGAGCUCUCUGUAGAUAGAGGUGCAUACCAGAGGUGGACCGGAGGAGUCUGCGCUGAUUGAAGAGAUUAUUAAAGAUCGCAUCUGGAGGAGCAACAAGGGCGGGACUAAUCUGCAGCUCUCCGUGAAGAAUGACUUCUUUAAUUACAGAUAUUAUUAGAGUAACUGUUCAGAUUGUGGUCAUUAAUCAAUCCUGCUGAUUAGAUCACACUCGGGUCUUAUUGGAAAACAUAACAGAGAUGACAUUUUGAGUUAAUUAACCGAUCAGUUCAUGCCUUCAUUACCUGUGAGCAGUUAUAGUUUUAAUUUAUGGAGCAUCAUUUUGUUUGUUUCUGUCCUCCAGUGACGGACAGAUGAUGAUAUUUUAUAUUUUCAGCUUUUGGCUCAAAAAUGUCCUGGAAGUAAAUUUUUGAUAAACAGUUAAACUAAAAAAGUUCUGAGGUAAAUCUAUCAACCUCUGGUCUCUCAGAUUAUUAGUAAGGCUGUUCUAUCAUACUUCGUACUUAAUCACAAUUAAUCAAUUUUAAUCGCAUGUUUUAAAUUCUGAACUGAACUGUCUGUAAAAAUGUAAAGAAAUUCAGACCAGGGCCUCGAUUAAUCACACAGAUUAAAGAUCAUCUUUAACAAACAUUUGAAAUUGUUUCCUAAAAGGUUUUUCGACCAUUUGAUAUAUGAUACUUAAGUAGGGCCGUCAAACUGUUAAAAAAAAUAAUAAUAAUACGAUUAAUCGCCAGGUAUCGAUUAAUCGCGAUUAAUCCAUUUUUAAUCGCAUGUUUAAAAUUCUGUAUUUCACUGGACUGAACUGUCUGUAACAUCAAUGUAAAAAAAUUAAAACCAGCGUCUUGAUUUAUCACACAAAUUAAAAAAACACCUACAACAAAUAAUUAAAAUAGUUUCUUAAAAGUUUUUAGACUAUUUGAUCUGUGAUUCUUAAAAUAAGGCUGUCAAACUGUUAAAAAAUUUAAAAAUCAUGAUUAAUCGUCAGGUAUCAUUUAAUCGUGAUUAAUCUCAUUUUUGAAAAUUCGAUGAUUUUACAUUUUAAAAAAGUUUCUCUGUCUGUUUUUUAAGCAUUUAGGGAAGUUUUACCAGCGUCUCGAUUCAGGACUCUCAUGAACGAAAUUAAUUUAAACAAAAUUUUUGUGUUUUUUUGGAUAAUUUAUUUAAAUUAAUUCUUUUACAGAGAUGUGAUCUGAUACCACGACAAAGGGAAAAGGAGACAACGUCAAAGACCUAACUGUGUCAAACAUCAUUAUUAUUAUUAUUAUUUUUUAAAUCUUAUUUUCAGGGUUUUUUCUGCUUUUAUUGAGAGGAUAAAUCAGCGAACAGGAAACAGGGAGAGAAAUCGAACCUGGGCUGUUUUGGUGAGGCGUUCUCUCAGUUGAUGUUUCCUCAUCAAACCUUUCAGGACUAAUUCUUCGACCAAACACCUCUUAGAAAUCAAACCCUGUAUUUUUUUAGUUGAUAAAUCUAUUUUAAGUGUUUCUCCAUCAUCCGUUCCUCGCACCAAAUCUCAAACACACUCACUUUACAGAUAAAUAGAGCUGUCAGCUGUAAUUAAAAUUAAAUGUAAUAACUUAAACCCUGAACAUGAGGAAAUCAAAACAUCUGUUAUAUUCAUAAAAAGUGAGAAACCAGAGCAACAAUUUUAAGCAACCCCGAAAGUUUAAGUAAACGUAAAUUAAAAAAAAUUUCAGAAAAAUCUGUUCAAACUUUGCAAAGAGGAAGAUUUAAUAUUUCUACACCUUUGGAUCUUGUUUCAUAUUUUUGCAUUUUCUCUUCAUCCGAGUGUAAAGAGCAUUUUUAAAGUUUAUUCCACGCCUCCCUCCUCAUUUUAACGCCAUUAUUUACUCUCUGGGGUUCGUUAGCGUGUUGUUAGCAUGCAUCGCUCCUUAAAGUCGGUUGCAAACUUGCUGCAGCUGCAUCACUCAGGUCUAUAAAUAUCCUGUUCACGGAGCUGUGAGCUCGCUGGAUAUGAGGAGAGUCUGAUAAAUACCAGAGGUUGGACUUCGCUCCUCCUCCUUUACAAACCCUCUUGAGGAAAUCUAACAGCUCGUAUCAGUUAUCAGAAAUCACCGCAGCUGUCUCCGUAUCUGCCGACGACUCCAGGGCUUCAGGUUUCAGGAGGUGGGAGGACCUGCAGGGGUCGUGACCUCUGCUGCUGCAGCCUGCAGAAUGACUGAUCAGUGCCUGAGUAUGAAGUCUGAGCGGAUCAAUACUCCACCAAUAUUCAUUCAUCAAUCAGCGGUGACUUGAAGCGGGCCGACGUGAUGACAGACGAGGCUGUCAGGUGAUCGAAUCAAUCACAGCAGGUUCGGUUUGUGACGGUCUGAGACGGUUUAGAGCGAAGAGUCGAGGGUCUUUGUUCGUUAACUCCUGUGCAGAGACAGUGUGAGCGUCCGUCUGUCUGCAGACGUUAUAAAUGUGUCUUCAUCAGAGGCUAAAAGGAGAGGUGGAGGUGGUGUAGCUGUGAUGGAGGGCGGAGCAAAGACACACAGGAAGACGCUCAGCUUCACCUGUGAGUGAGGAUGAGACGGAGAGGCUGAAGAGCGGCGUCUAAACAGACGACGACAUGUUUUCGUUUAAAGUGUCUCACCGUCUGUUUUUAAAGCUCCACCUUCUGCAGACAGACCGAGUUUAAACGGAUCGAUAAACGAGUCUCUGAAUAAAUCAUCACCUGUGCAGGUGAAGAGAUCAGAGGAGAUGAUCACAGGUUUAUUUCCUCUGUUUGAUAAAAUCACAGACUGACUCUUUAGACAGUUUCAGGCUGCGAUGGUUCGAUACUCCUAAGAGAGCUGCUGUCACGCUGUCACCUCUGCACACGUGCACGCGUGUUAGAAUGACAGUUGGUCUAUUUAUGUGGGUUGCCAUGGUAACUUCGAGUGAACGCAGCGACAUACAGCGUCAGCAUCCCCAUCAGUUAGGACACUUUAAACUUCAUACGUGUGCAGAGACCUGUGGAGAACAUCGGAGCGUCUCUGCUCACUCUGGACCUGAAGUUCGACCGUUUGAUGAGAACGAGUUUCUUCAGGGUUCGUCUGUAACUCUGCGGAGAACAGACGGACGUUUUAAAUGGAGACUCCUCGGUAAUAUCCGAGUUAUUUCCUCCGAUGUGCGAGUUUCACCUGCAGGGAGAAAGUGAAACACGACCGCCGAGGUGUCUACGACUGUUUUCUUCUCAGAAACUAGAACUCGUGUUUUUUCUUUCUUUUGUUGUUUAACAGCUGACAGAUGUGCGACAGCUGCUGUCUGACACUCUCACCACCUUUAACAACCAGAUACAAAAAGAUUUUAGGAAUUAGAGGUUAGAUUUAUUGAUACAUGUGUAAAUAUGGAGGUUUUUAAUGUCAUGGCAGCUUCUGGUGUAAAUUAAAGCUGUCGAUGUGAUUUAGAGGAGGACUGUGACGAUGUGGUGAUUUAUUACGAUAUUUGACACAGACAUGGAUUAUCAACGCCAAAAAAAAAAAAUUGUGUUUCCAGUUUUGUUUCACCUGAACAGUGUCGUCGUUGUUGCACUGAUUAAUUUAUGCUUCGUAACAUAAACUAUGAGAUUUAUUUUACUGUGGUGGUCCCGGUGUGAAAGGACCUUUAGUUGAGAAAUAAGAGGGUUAGUGUGGCGUUAAAGAUCAUGGUAUAGAAAAGUGUUCAUAGAUGUUGAAGCAGCAGGACAGGAAGUUGAACCUGGAGCAUCUACUCUGCGUCUCUGCGUCUCUGCUGGAGGAUCGUCUACGUUUUCAGACCCGGAUCCAAACUGCAGAUUUGAGUCUGAGGUCCUGAAACCCUCUGAAAAAACUGGAGCGCCUUUUUAGGAGCGAGUGUCAGCGUGAAAGCAUGAAUGCCAGGGUUCAGUGCAGCCCGCCAGAUCCACUGUAGGCCUGAAUCCGGUUUGUAGGAGGGGGACUCCAGAGGGAGGAUCCUCAUCCCAGCAGCAACAGAACCACCAAUAGGGUGGAGGUCGGAGUGUUGGCGGGGGGAUUUGGCGCCUAACUGGUCCGCUGAAUUUCCUCAUCUGACCCGGAGAGGCUCGGUUUGCGGCCCAACCUUGAGGGUGUUCUGCCAGCACCAGCUGUCGGGUAUUUACAGAUUGUUGCGACAUGUUCCUGAGCAACCAUGGCGCUCUCAGGCCGCCGCGCUCUCACAGCACGCAGGGGGGGGGGGGCACCAGCAGGUGGAGUCAAAGAUGGCGCUGCGAGCUGUCAAUCUGAAACCCAGUUUGUGUUUGUGAUGGUGUGUCGACGCUGCCAACCUCGGCGCAGGAACACGAUCCCCCUCCUCCCCCCUCCUGCUCCUCGCCAUCAUGGGGGGGGGGGGGGCUGAGCAGUGCAAGGGCAGCACUUCUGAGGGGGGGUGGGACAGGACAGGAGGGGCUGCGAUUGGAUCUGUUCUCCUCGGCUCGUGAAUCACGCCCACGCUGCCGGGCCGCUGUCUCCCCGAGCACGUACACACAAAAACAAACACACACACACACACGCAGUAAAACACACACACACACACACACACACGCAGUAAAACACACACCCACGCCUCUCACACAGGGCGCCCCGGCUGUCACUGAUCUGAUGUUGUUGCACACAGCCUCUGGCAUGAACACAGCAAAAAAAAGAUCCUGUUAUUACCCAUGAUGCACCCCUGUGAGCGCACAAAGGCGUCUUUAGUGGUGGACUGAGGACUCGUCAGCACGGCCCGCUGUGGUCGUGGUGUUUUGAGCCGUCGAUCCGCAGACGUGCCGCCGUCACUGCGUGUCUGUAUGCGGUUUGACCUGUCAGGUUACAUCACCGCCGAGAGUAAACAAACAAAACUGUAGAGAGAGGCACACCCAGCCCUGAGAGCUGACAGCUGAUUGGUCGAUCCAGAGGGACAAAAGGAGGGAGAGAUCUCACAGUUGGAGGAGGUGAGGUCUGUUUACUACUCCUCGCUCCUCGCCGCUGCUGCUGUCACCUGUCAAAAGUUCAGGAGCGACUUCUGCUCCAGUUUGAGCCUCAUGACGACAGCGAGAGCGAGCGAGCGAGCGAGCGAGGGAGUGAACGCCGUCAUUUCUGUGGAUUACAUUUACAUCCUCCUCACAUGAAGUCCUGACAGUUUCAGUGCUGCUGCAGGAGAGGAAGGAGGGUGAGAGUGAAAACAUGAUGAACUGAGGGGAGCUCUAAAGAGUCGAUCUGUCCCGACUGUAGACGCACUUCAGGGUGAGAGAGACGUCUAUCAGGAGAAACGUCUACGCUCAGAUUCAGACGCUCACGGUCACAUGUGCUCCUCCUGUCUCUGAACAACACUGAGAAAGUUUCGAGAAUGCAGCGCACGUGUUUCAGGCUUUUGUUUCAGAAAAUGUCAGAAAUUUGCCAGAGGUCAGAGCUCAGACAGAAACACAUGUCUCUGACAUGAGCGGCUGCAGACAGCAGCAGGAUUCUUGGGUCUUAUUUUCUGAUCAGAUCGAUCGCUAACAUCCGUCUGCAGCCACAGAUGCUGAAAUCUGAUUUAUAGGGUUUUAGGGAGCGACGCAGGAAGUGAUAAAAUGAUUUUCUUUUUGUUUGAGCUUCGACAGUCCGACAGUUUUAACGCUUUUCUCCAAUUUUCAGCACAUGAAGCUACGUUUUCAUUUUAGUUUGAGCAAUAAUUUACAAAAAUAACUCGCUGCACAUGUUCCUCUCCUCUUUUUUAACAUCACAACAUACGAUCCAACCCACUUUGUGAAGAUUAACACCAAACUUGACUCUCCUUCUGCAGUAUAAGAGAUGUUUAUACUUUAAUUUUUGAGUUUUUGAGAGUGUCGCCGCUUCAUGACGGCGUGUGGAUGGAAACUCUGAGAGGAUCCAUCUUCUCAAAUCUGGGGAUGUUUAGGAGAAGCCCUGCAGUAACGUCCAAUAACAGGAAACAGACACUCGUUCAUCCAAGUCGAGCUUUUUAUUUAUCUCGUCUGUUUAAUUUCAUCAAACUCGAUCAGGACUGGGUUUUUGCACAUUGAGCUAAAAUUGCAGAAUCUUGACUUGUAGUUUCGUUAAGAUAGAUGCUGCAUGCAGCGGCAGCAUCUAUGCAGACUCUCCAGGUCAUGAGUGUAAUCGAAUCAUGUGAUACGUAGAGUAUCAAUUCUGCUGAUGCGUCACUUCUGCAAUAACUAAUUGAUUUUCUGGGAGUAUGAUCUCGUCGUCAUACAUGAUCUGACACUUCAGCUGUUUCUGAGACGAAUCGUCCAAUCAUCAUCAUCAUCAUCAUCAGCUCCACACGCACAAGGUCAUUUAAUUCCACACACUCACUUGAGUCUAGGUUGUAGUUAUCUAUGUUCUGGAGGGUGCUCUGGGUUGGGGGGGCGGUCAGGUCUCGUCUCAGCAGAUGUUGCUUCUUAGCGGGAAAAGUGAUGGAUUUCUCAGCGGGGCUCGUCUCCAGCAGCAGAGACCUAUUUCCACUCCCCCCAGUACAACUUACACCCCCCCACCACUGACUGUUAUCUCUCUGCUCCAGGCGGCUCUGCUGACACUUAACACACCAGGCCAGUAAAGGAUGGACAUGCAAUCACACACACACACACACAGUCCUGACCAGUGUACAGAUGCAUUAAUGUGUUUUUAUAUAUUUAUAAUAUCUGAAAUUGAAUUUAGCUUCUGUCAGUUCAGCUCCGACUCUGACGUUCUCACAGCGUCCGAACUUGAACUCUCGUGAAAUUAGAACUGAGUCAAAAAAAGGCGAAGAACACAGAGACAGACGCAGAGUUCAGAGUCCGCCUGAAAACCUCAGAGUUUUCUGAGAACAUCAACCGGUAAUUUAUUGACGGUCCCUUAUUCAACACCGACGUUGACAGUGAGGGUGUCGAGUAGAUUUAACCGCGCUGCUGUUGUUAUUCCCGGUUAUGGAGAGUGAGAAGACACCGGUAGAUCCUCAGAGAAUGUCCGUCAGAUAUCCAACCUGAAACUAACUUCACCGCCGUAUUUACAGGAAAAUAUAUCCAACCUAAAACUAACUUCACCGCCGUAUUUACAGGAAAAUAUAUCCAACCUGAAACUAACUUCACCGCUGUAUUUACAGGAAAAUAUAUCCAACCUAAAACUAACUUCACCGCCGUGUUUACAGGAAAAUAUAUCCAACCUGAAACUAACUUCACCGCCGUAUUUACAGGAAAAUAUAUCCAACCUGAAACUAACUUCACCGCCGUAUUUACAGGAAAAUAUAUCCAACCUAAAACUAACUUCACCGCCGUAUUUACAGGAAACUAUAUCCAACCUAAAACUAACUUCACCGCCGUAUUAACAGGAAAAUAUAUCCAACCUGAAACUAACUUCACCGCCGUAUUUACAGGAAAAUAUAUCCAACAUGAAACUAACUUCACCGCCGUAUUUACAGGAAAAUAUAUCCAACCUAAAACUAACUUCACCGCCGUAUUUACAGGAAAAUAUAUCCAACCUGAAACUAACUUCACCGCCGUAUUUACAGGAGAAUAUAUCCAACCUGAAACUAACUUCACCGCCGUAUUUACAGGAGAAUAUAUCAAACCUGAAACUAACUUCACCGCCAUAUUUACAGGAGAAUAUAUCCAACCUGAAACUAACUUCACCGCCGUAUUUACAGGAAUAAUAUAUCCAACCUGAAACUAACUUCACCGCCGUAUUUACAGGAAAAUAUAUCCAACCUAAAACUAACUUCACCGCCUUAUUUACAGGAAAAUAUAUCCAACCUGAAACUAACUUCACCGCCGUAUUUACAGGAAAAUAUAUCCAACCUGAAACUAACUUCACCGCCGUAUUUACAGGAAAAUAUAUCCAACCUAAAACUAACUUCACCGCCGUAUUUACAGGAAAAUAUAUCCAACCUGAAACUAACUUCACCGCCGUAAAAAAACAUUUGUCGCCUCUGCUGAUUUUUUAAAUAAAUACAUUUUACAGCUCACACUCAUCUAUUUCAUCGUAAAUGAGAGUGAAACGGUCACACUGUCGAGUCCUGCUGGGCCCUCCUUUUUUCCCUCCCCUCACUUGCUGCUUAUUCAUAAUUAUAUUGAACAUAUUUUAUAACCUCUUAGCAGAUGACUUAUUACUUUCUUUUAAACUCACUGAGACCUGAGGGCCGUCCAGACUCGGGGAUAUAAAGUCCUGGUUUUAUGAUAAUUUCAUUUGAAGCUCCAGAACGAUAAAACAGACGUCUCUGUGGUCGACCAUGAUGAAGUUAUUCAGAGACGGUGUCUGUUCGUCCUCCUCUGUGUCACGUGGUGUACCACAGGGAUCUGUCCUGGGGCCCCUUCUUCUUAUCUCACAUAUCUCCUUUAAACCCUCUUAGACCUGUUCGUCAUCCAGGCUAGUCUGGACUACGUCGACUAAGUGAAACGUUGCAGCUCAAUUAUGAUAAAACAGGUUUUGGUUGUUGUCCAAGAUAAACUCAUUCAGGGUCGGUGCCUCUUCUCUGUCAUGUGGCGUUCCACAGGGACCUGUCCUGGGCCCUCAGAGAAAGACUUCUUAAAACCCUCUCAGACUGUUUUCACUCAGUCAAACAAUUACGGCUCAAUAAAAAAACAGAGACUUUGGUUUUGGUCCAGGAUCAGGUUAUUUCAGAGCGUAGAGCUGCGGCUCCAUAGAUUUGAUAAAUCUGCUUCAUUAAAAAACCUCUGAGCUCACGUUGAUCUAAGAAACUUUCAGAGACUCUCAGAUCUCUCAGCGGCUCCCCGAUGAUUUUAGAAAUCCUUACUUUCACCUGCAGAUCCCUUCAGGUUCAGGUCCUGGAUUAUGAAGUCAAACUGAUUCAGCACAUCAGCUAACCGGGUCUGAAGAAAACACACACACUCACACACACACACACACUUUAACACCCUGUGGUGACAGAGCCGUUCACGCUGCGGCGGAUCCAAAACUGUGGAAUAAUCUUCGCUCUGCAGAACCAGACCUCCUCAGACAGACGUGAGGUUCAUUAUCCGUACAACAACCUUUACUGCGGCGUGUUUUAUUGACCUUCUGUAAAUCGGUGUUUUACAUUAUCGCUCUUUCCUCGUCUGUUACCUGCUCGAUUCGCCGACAAAAUGAAAUGUUUAAAACCUCUCAGGAAACAAACAGAUUUUAAAGGAGUAAAUUUAGUCUGUUUCAGAUUUAGUUCUGCUCUAAUUGUGUCUGACCCAUAUAUGAGUCAGGCUGUGGCGUGCACACACACACACACACACACACUCAGAGAGUGCUGCAUCGUCAUCAUCUUUUCAUUACAUCACGUCUUCAGCAGACUCAGAUCCAGUCCAACCCAAACACGCCGGCCUCCUGCUGCACUCUCUGACACGGUCGUGUUUUCUUCCGUGUGUCAUCAUGACUCAGUCCGGGCUCGGCGCUCCCUCCCUGCAGGUUCUGACACACGCAGCCCGUGGCGGGGACGUCGGUGGCGAUGUUUCAGUGUAUGGAGGGCAGCGGUAGCCUGGAGGGCUGCGGGGCAGGUUGUCAGUAGGAAGGUCACCAGUUCACGGUUCGACCGGCUGGGAAAAUCUGGGUGACGUGCCCUUUAGCAAGUCACUUAACCCCUGCUCGCCCAAGGGGGGCGUCUUGUGGAGGGACUGUGGUCGUACCGAGGAGCUUCCAGCUGCACGACGGCGAAACAGGCAGCAGAAGAAGAAGAAGAAGAAAAAAUCCCUCUGACGACAGUCUCUCCAGGAAUAAAUGUUAAAAUCAAAAUAUUGCCCCUCGCAGCUUGUGGCUUUCCACCCACAUCGCUGGAAGAGGAGACUGGAGCUUUGAAAUGCUUAACAGCCGUAGCAACAGAUGUCAGGGAUAAUGAUGCGCUGCGACAUUUUCUAACUGUUCUUUUAUGGACUAAUCUUUGUGGAGGCUGUGACCUGAUUCACCCUUUCUAAAGCUUAGCGGACACAUGUGUACAGUAACACGCUUCCUCCUCUUUGUUUGUCCAACAACCUUACAGUCCGCAGAACGACCAUUUAUACAUGUUUUUGUUUUCGCUCGUCUGACGCCCUCAGAGCUCCGACUCUGGUUCCUCAGUAUGAUCAGAUAUAAGACUGAUCAUCUCUGUUCAGAGUGAACAGGUGAUCGGUCGUCAUGUUCAGAGAUCGUCUUUUAAAGAAUCUAUUAAAAAAAGGUUUAAAGCUCCUAUAAGGGGUUUUUAGUCAGUUAUGAAACAGACUGAAAUUAACAACGAUGUGUUUUUAUGGUGUAGAGAAGCAAACAAGACUAUCAAGAAGAAGAAGAAGAGAGGCUGUUUCUACGAGGGUUACUGUAGGCGUCAAUAUAUCAUGAUAUUGAUUUGAGGCCAUAUCGCACAGCCCUAAAGUGAGAACCAAGACCUAAUUAGAGACUAAAUUUACGUUUUCUUACUAAUUGGUGCUCGUUUAAACAGCUAAAUAUUUUGUGUUCGUUUGUCUUAAUAACUUUAAACAUGAGGGUGUCCUUCUUUAGUCUCGGAGCAUCAAACCGUUUUUGUGUGUGGACUAUUUCUGCGAGUUUGUUUCUCCAGCAGCAGAUUCAGUCAUCUUAAUUAUAAUGUAUGAAAAUGAAGUCGGAGUAUUUAUCAUUUUUUUCUUCAGGGGUGAUGAGGUUUUGAUUCUGUUUUGACGGCUAUAAUCCGUCCUCAGACUCUGAAUGUAGCUGCUGCUGCUCUUUCAAAAUAAAGCUCCCCUCCUUCACUCGAGCGUCUUUAUUCCCAGAGUCCAGCUCUCACAGAUUGCAGAAGAAGAAGAAGAAGAAGGCGCCUGUCAGAGGCCCCCUUGUGAAAUAAAACAUCUAAACGUUUUCUGGGCGUUCCCCAGGGCUCUUAUCUGGGUCCUCUGCAGAUUCCUAAUUAUCAGCUUUAAUCUUUUCAUUGUCCAGGGCCGCUCGCUCGCUCGCUCGCUCACUCUGUCUGUCGCUCUCUCCUAUCCAGCGAGGCAGCAGACACACUCCAGGCCCUCCUGCUCCCAUGUGAGCGCACAGAUUCUGUCUGACAUCAGACAUGGGAAGCGAGCUCCCGCAUCAUGAAGGGUAAAAAGGUCGAGACUCGACCACCCCCGGGCAGAUAAAGCAGCCUCUUCAUGUGUGAUCAGCCCGCCGCCUGAAGACAAAUCCCUCAGCGCUCUGCCUUUGAACUCCACCGCAGCCGCAGCGAGUCCCCGUCAGCUCGCACGCCUUUUUAUUACGCCGCUAAACGAUGUUACCGACACCUUUUAUCGGUGUAAUUUGGAGCUGAAUGAAAAGAACGAAUGUACGACAUAUUAGGAACACCUACUCCUCUUUAAGGAGCGCUCUAAUGAGCCGAUCCAGGUAGAAUUCAUUACUCGCCGCUCUCUUGUUCAGUCUGUGCCAGUCAAAUGGGACGAGAUGAAGAUGAAGAUGGUGAGUGGGUUUGAGAGAAGAAAAAAAAAAACGAUUGUGCAGAAGAAGAAGAAGAAGAAGAAGAUGAAGAAGCUGGCGCCGCCGAGGAUCAGGAAGAGGCUGCCAAUAGUUUGUACAUUCAGUUCCUGCGGCUUAUUGUCGGUUUUCCAUGUAGAACGCAGGCCUCCAGUUCUUCUUCUUCUUCUUCUUCAUCAAGCCUCUUUUACAAAACAAUUAUGACACUCCUAACACCCUCGUUCACUCGCCCCCCCCCCCACAUCCUCCUCUCUUUUCCUUCAGUGCAUAAUUCAUAAGCAAGUCAUCGCCAAAGCUGAGCCAAUUGCAUCCUCUCCAAACGAGCGUGCAGAGCAGCGCCCACAGCAGCACAAAAGGAAUGUCAGUCCCAUGACGGACUCUUUCACGCUCUUUGUUUCCUAAGAAUGGAUGUUAAAGGAGGGCGUUCUUCUUCUUCUUCUUCUUCAUUUUCUGCGGCGGCGGCGGCUCUCCCAGGUAGAGAGAAAUGCGAACAAUGCUGGAGAGCUGGUGUGGCGUCUGUAACUCGCGCCUUUCCAGAUGCUUCAGCUCUGUAAUGCUGCCACUUGGCUCCCACCGCCCUGAGUGUGUGUGUGUGUGUGUGUGUGUGUGUGUGUGUGUGAGAGAGAGCACGCUGCGCCGCCGUGUGUACUCACAGUCUGUAUGUAUAUAUAGAGCGCUAUUUUUAAAGCCCGACCACAAAUAGUAGAAUCGGGGCCUAAAACAGUCCUCGCCUCUGUUGCCAUUCCUGCUCCACCGCCGCCGCCACCGCCGCCGCCUUCUCAUUCAUUCAUGAGUUUGCAUGAAUAUGCAGAAUCACUCAGGGCCUCCUCUCUCUGCUGCAGCUCUCUGAGAUCUGAACAUUAUAAUUAACCCUUUCUGUGUUUUAGAUCGGGGUCCAAGCGUGUCUGAGACCUCCCCUCGUUUCAUGGUUGGUUAGCAGAGAUGAAUUAGACUCACAUUUUUACACCCUUCACCUUUUCUUUGCAUGAGAAGAUGAAAUAAGGUCAGCAGAGGUAAUAAGGCCUGAUGUGGUUACUGAGCUGGUCAGCAGGAGUCUGACCUCUCAUACCUGACGUCUCUCCUGAGAGACGAUCAUCACGCUUCUUUCAGCUUCUAAAUAUCCAACAUUUGAUUUUAAAUCAGAAGAAAUGAUCAGAAAAUCGUCUCUUUAUUCGCUAGUUUUUGGUGCAUUUGAUGAAAAACAUGCAGAAUAAUACAAAUGAAUCUAGAAACUGAACAUCACUAAAACAGCGUUAUGGAAACUACUGCGUCAUCGUGUGUAAAAGAAGAGCUCUGAUUCGCCGUAUUCAGCUGCAGUGUUUUUGUAGAAUCAGCCUCUUAGUCCAUAUUUAGAUGAAAACGACCUUUUAAAAAAACAAAUCUGCAUAAAUAAUAAAGUCUAUAUAAAAAUAAGAAUAUUAAAGUUAAACCACAGCUGUAUGAUGAGACUUCAUAAACUUUAACAAACACAGUAAAUUUAAAGGUUAUAUGCGGGGUGAUUGAAACUUAUACAGAGUGGACAUUGAUGCUUUUAUUUUGACAUGGCUUCUGCUUUUAUUCUGAAGAGCACUCCCUCUGUUAGAUCAUAAACUCCAGAACUAAAUGAAAACAGUUAAAAGUUCAGUCAGGAAGUUUAAAUGUUCGGCAAAUAAGCAGUAGAUUUUAUUUUAAAAAGGACUUUAAAGCAAAACUGUUUGUAUGAAUGAAUUUUAAAAAAGCAGAUAUUAGGGCGUUUUUAAUGUUGUGAAGAAUCAUGGAUUGAAUCUGUAAUUAUAUUUAUUGUUAAUUUAUUUGUUAAAAUGUAAUUGUAUUGAGAUUUUAAGUUUUUGGACCCCAGGAAGACGAGAGUUCGAUUGAUUAGAAACCCGAGGAGGCCCAAACUUUUCUUAUUUCAUAUAAAACUUAAACGUUUUUAAAGUGUCGUAUUAUCUCUCAGAGGGUUUGUUAAAGCUAGCUCUCCUUCAGCUGCUGCGUCUUCUUCACCUCUCCUUCGACUUUAAACUUUUAUUUUUUAUAGACAGGUAUCAUGUCUGUGCUUUAGUCUGUUAUCAUGUCUGUGAAACUCUCCUGACAUGAUUCUGUGCUCCUCUGCAGAAACCUGAAAACUGAUUUUUUCAGAUUUGUUGAACAGUUCAAAGUCUCUCUGUCUGUUCCUCUUCAGUAAAGAGUGUCUGGAGUUUUUCUGUUUGUCUGCAGGAACACGAGUGUCGCUCUGUUGUGUUGAGAGUUUAUUUUUAGACGGUCGGAGCCUGAAAGAAGCAGGUUUGUUCUCGUCGGCGCUGAUCAAACAGAUUUAUUAAUCUGUGAUUGGUCGUCACCUGGUCGGGAGAAAAGGGUUUUGAUUGGAUUUUAAGUCGAUUUAAGAUUUUGCAGGUUUGUGAGUCGACUGUUUCCUUUCUCUCGGUCCUCGUUGACUGUUGAACGUCUCCAUCCAUGUAGCGGGUCGUUAGCCGUCAUACCGCGCCGCCCGCCUGGAUGGAGGUCAUGUCGAAUGGAGAACACGUAGACCCCCGUCCUCCUCUGCUCCUCUCUCUCUCUGCUUCGAUUGGGGAACCACAUUCGGCGUGUCAGGCGGUCCCUGGCUCGGGCAGCCGGUUGCCGCGGGCGAUGGGCAGAUCAGUGAUGUGGCGGUGAUGCCUCUAAUGAAGCUGACACAGCACAGCCUCCCUCCUCGCGGGCCCCUGAGGGCCUCCUGCUCCGCGUGUAGCUUCACAAACACUCCCACCCACCCACCCCUUCAUGUUUCAGCCCAACGUGCUUCUGAUUUGACGGCGCCGAUAAUGCAUCGCUGCAUCAUUUAUUCUCGGGUUGUGUGCGCGGGUCGAGGCGAAUCCUGUGUUUGUAGUAGCUAAAGUGGGUCAGCGUAUACAAACAAAGCCGCUCGCUGCUUUUCAGCGGCGCUCUCAGACUCAUGAAUGCCUCUGUGUUGUCUUUCAGGAGCCGGCCAGCUGAGGUGAAGGGGAGGGCAGAGGACCCCGCGUCAGCCUGUGUGUGGAUGACCUUCGCCCCGGAAACAGGACCAUGA